GGGAGGGGGCGGGACUUGCAGACAUACGGUUUUUCAGCACCGCGGACAGCUCCUGUUUACUGACUGCAGGGAAGCGACGCCAAGAAGACCCGAGAGGAUGUUCCAGAACAACCAUCUCCUCCUCCACCUUUAACAGCCUCCACCUUUCCUCUGCAUCAGAUACUGUCAGAGCUCAGGGUUGAUCCUUCUCUCCUAGCCGUCUCCUCGCUUCCUUUUUCGUGGCCUAACUGUGGAGUUCAGCCGGGCUUCACUGCAUUGCCUCUGCGUCUUGCGUUUCCCUCUCCUCCUUCCGUCCUGUACCAACAACCACACUGCUUUGGAAGUGCUGUUUGGACGGGUGUUGGGGGUCGGGGUGGGGUGGAUGGACCUGCUAAAUUUUGAUGAAACAGAGCUGCUCUCUUCUGCCUGAUUAUGUGAGACUCCGUGGAUGUUGUUUUGGGAUGUCUUAUCGGAAAAGGAAGUUGAGUAGUUCUCCUGGUCCUCUGAUAUGAAACGGGAGAUCUGCAUCUGCAACCCUGGCUGUGUUCGAGUAUCUGCAGACGGAUGUCACUUUUUUAUUUUCCUUUGUCUUCAGUAGAAAACAACAAGAGCGACCAGGGAAGAUGAAGAACCUGCACUUUUUAAAUCACACCUAAGAAAACAGAGAGAGAGAGAGUCUUUGACUUCCCUGGAUCUGCAUGAUUUUUAUUCCCCUUCUCUCAUUUCUUCUCCUUCUUCCUCGUCUUCGUCUUUUUCCCCCUAUUGCUCUUCUGGCAGAUCUGGAUCUUACCUGAACCCUCAUCUGAGUGGGGAUCGGGGAUCCUGAAGAAACAAAGGACAGUCGUCUUUGUCCUUUCGUCCAGAAUCACGUCGCUACGAUAGAAAAUGAGGAAGUUUCGUAAAGUCUUGGACGGCUUGACGACCUCUUCCCCGGGAGCGACUCUCGGAUCCCCGUCAGGAGGCAGCGGGGCCGGGACUCCCACUGCGGCGCCAACCCCGAAAGAAAUCGAUGUCCAAGAAACUCUCCUGUCAGAAGACUUCCAGCUCUGUAAGGUGGGUGGACACAAAGCUGGACUUGGACUGUCAGUGUAGGUGAAGGGACAGAGGUCCGGUCUCAUGGAACACACUGAAGUCUGAGUAUUCAGUCAUUGUAGUUGUAGGCGGAAUAAUCAGGUCCGAGCACCGGUGAAGUCAGAUCUGUGGGAGUUGAUCUGCUGCGCUGUUUUGUGGCCUGCUCUGUGUGUGAAGUUCAGCUCCAUGUUAGCUUAUUUCAGGUCCUCUGAACACUGAGGCUGAUUCAGACUCCGCAGACAGAGCCAUCAGGGUCUUUGGUUUAUGAACAGCCAUGAUCCCACUAACCCACUCCUCAUAUUCAGCUCACAUGGACACACGUGCAGUGAAAUGUGUGUGUUUUGGACCAGCUCCACUCCAGCUAUGCAGUGCAGCCAUCGUCAUGUUUGUCUGGGUGCAGUAGCCUAGCUUACACACAUGUGAUGAUAAUAACAACCCAAAGGAUGUCAAUAAAUAGCAGCCUCCUGGUUGCAUCAGCAGGCAGUCUGGAUUGGUGUAGGAGGGAUGAUAUAACUGGUGUCCCUCCCUUGCAUAAAAGAGUUCACAACGAGCCAGCAGAGGGACCCUGCAGUAGCCUGCAGUCCUAGCCAAUGUGGUUUCAAUACAGUAUCUAUCUAUCUAUCUAUCUAUCUAUCUAUCUAUCUAUCUAUCUAUCUAUCUAAUCCAUCUAAUCUAUCAAUCUAUCUAAUCUAUCUAUCUAUCUAUCCUUUAUUGGCAUGGAAGUCAGAACAAUAUUGCCAAAGAUUAGAACACAUUGAUCAAUAUACAAUAAGAAUAUUCAACACAUUGAUCAAUAUACAAUAACAUGUCCAUUCCAUCUGACUAACGGAUAUAUAUUUGAGGUUAUUUUUGUGUUUUUUUUAUCCGUCUACCUGUUUAUAGAUCAGGGGCAUGAGUAAGAGGCUCAAAAAAGUGCUGCAGAGCACCCUCGGCAGGCUGGCAGUCACACAGGCAGACAGGAAUAGGGAGGAGAAAGUGCUGGAACAGAACAGGAUGAUUGCCUUUCAUGAAGGCAGCUUCUCCUUCAGUGAACAGCUCACCAAAACAAUGGAGCCGUUCAAGUGAAAGCCACGAGUCUACUAGUGAACCCCACUGACCACUGCUAUCAGUGUUCUCUAAGCCUGUGUAGCUCAGGUUUUGUGCUAGUGUGUGUUUCAACUUUUUUUUUAUAUCAUACAUAUGAAAUCAUAAAACUACAUAGUGGACUGAAGUCUCUGCUGCAUUGGGUGUAAACUACUCUGAAACUCUAGUAUUGGCAGAAGAACAGAAAGAAGUUAGUGUUUGAAGGAUUAUCCAAAAGUAUUCAUGGUACCGACUCUCUCAGCAUCCAAAGAAGAGUCUGAUAUUUCCUGUCUGGCAGAGCAGAGCGUGAAGCAGACACACUAACCCUUCAGAGACAUUUCAUUUACACCCAGACCAUCUCUCCUCAUUUGUUUGUAUUUGUGUUUUCAUCUGUAGUUUGUAGAAAGUGACUCUUUUGUCUUGGCAGACUCGGGGUGUGAUCUUUUUAUUAACAUGCUUUUUUUAAACUGAGAUACUAAGAUUAAAAGAUUGGUGAAUUAAAGGCAGGGCUGACUAGACUGAUGGGUAGAAACAGGAAACAGAUUAAACUGAAAUAUUAAAUAUUACAUAUUUACCAAACAGCAUUUCCCCUCUGUUAGCUAUGAUAAAGUAAAAGAACAGACAUAAAAUAGGAAAUAGGGAAAAUGAAGACUGUGAUCAGGGAAGUAUAGAAGUGUCUGUAUUCGUUCAGUCUACUGUAUGUCGUUUCACUGAUCAGAGAUGAGACUGUCCUUCACAGCAUUGACAAGGGUGUGAAACACAGCAGGAGCAUUUGUUAGAUGGAACAACAAUAAGAAUAGUCACUCCAGGGUCCAAAUCAAAUCUUCAUCUCUAAGAAAGUACAACUCUCAGCUCUGCUCCUGUGUUGUUGACAGUGCUUUAAAAAAACUCCCUGUUUUAUUGUUGGUGUGUGUAUCCUGCACCAAGUGUCAGUACAUGUUUAGUAUCACUAAUAUUGUUAUUUCUUAUAAUUUUAACAACAUUUUAUAGAUAAUAUAAGAUACUGGUCAUAGUCACUCAAACAAAGAAGCUCUGUGUCGCCACUUUCCUGUCCAAUGAACCACCAGGCUCUAAAAAACACACUCCAGCUUCAGUCAUCAGAAUUCUCUUCUGUAUGGUGAUGCAAACAAGUAUAUAUCACUUUUUUAACACAGGAGAAGGAGAAGACAGUGGCUGUAAGAGGAGGACAAAGUAGAAAAAGUGUCCGCUUUGAAUGUGAGGAGACACGCAAAGAGGAAAUUACAUAACCAGGUAGAUGAACGCAGGUCCACCGUCUGUGCUUCGACAGAUUGGAGUAACACAUCAGCAAAGUCCACAGAAUCAGAAACAAAGUGGUUCGAGAUUGAUGUUGAGAUUCUUUUGUGUUAACAUUUGUCAAACAAACAGACAAACAAACAAACACACCGACGGACAAACAAAGAAAACCUUUUGUUGUCAAAUGUUUGGAGCUCGAGGUUCGAGGAUGGCGAUGAUCCCUGACUUCUUUUCCGAGAGUUUGCGUGGAUGCGUGGGCUUCUAGAGAUGACAUCACCUCACUCCCUCAGCAGCGACCACACAGGCUCUCGAUGGGCACGAUGACUCAGUGGGUUUCCUUCCAGAGAGUCUUACAUAACCACGUGUAAACUGGUUGUCAGAAGCCACAGUAAAGGAGGAGAUGAUAUUGGGCUGACAAUAGAGACUAAAAAAAACACACUAACAGAGAGGAGAGAUGUGCAGUGAACGGUUUUCAACUGACCAGCAAAAACCUCGUUUCUGAUAAGUGGAGAGUGUGUUUCUACAGGUGGACAUCAUUGUAAGAUUAUACACUGAGUGACAUGUACACUAUGGAGGCCUACAAGGGUCACAGGAAAAAUGUAAACUGAAAUCGGACAAUUUAAAAAGGGAUCAAUAAACUGGUUCAUGAGAUUAAUCAAAUAAAACAGAAAUAAACAGGAAUUAGAAAAAAAAACGAGUUUGAAAUGAAUCAUUAAAACUGUAAAUUAAUAAAUUACUCCUACAUGUGUUACAGAUGGAUCACAAUGUGAAGUGAAAAAAAAAGAAAACACUAAAAAGACCAUUCCUUUUCACAUUUCCAUUUUCUGACUGCUUUUUCUUUCUCUAUUAUAAUUUAAAAAAAAAACCAUUUAGUCUUUCCAUUUCCCCUCCCCACUUUGCCUUAUCAGACGAGACUCUGAACUAAAGUUUGUGCCCUAAUGAGAAGUUUGGGAAUCGAGGAUAUUAGUAAGAAAGCAGUUGUAAACAGAAACAUUUACAACUGAAUUGUUUUCUCAAGAGAUCGAGUCAGCUGAGUGGAACAAUUCUCUUUGUUUCCCACUCACAAUUUUUUGCUGAAUUCAAAUAGAAAUGUCUCUUUUAUAUUCAUGAAGCAGGAGUGCAUGACCCUCCUCAGUCUUCAGAAUUAAAGGACUGGAUUUGGACUGUGAAACCGCUGACGUUUCUACGGUACUGUCCCUACAGUUUGACAUUUAAGAGUACAUGGCAGAGAAUUCAUGGGAACUACAGCGAACCACAUUGGCUCGCUAUGUGAGUCAGCUGAGCCUUUUGUAGGACAUUCUUCAAUGAGGACACAGCAGUGUUUAUUUCUGUUGAGGGUGAGAUCUAACAGCCUAACAUCAGUGCAACUAUAUAACAAUAUACACAAUAUAAUAGCUGUAAAAUAAAAACUAUAUUGCUGUUCACAGUUUUGUUAUUUCAUCCUCGUGUGACAUCUGAAAACAGAACCAAUGGUGGCAGCUCCUUUUUCUCAGGUCUUGGUGUGUCGUGGUGCAGAUAGGAUGAGGCUUGCUGAAAGCUCCCACUCAACAAGGAUGUUGGUCAACCAACUACUCAGAGAGUUAACCAGCUUCCUGUCCCUGCCCACUCAACAUCCACAUUCUUAGCCUAUGCAUCCUACAUGCAGCGAGAAGUACCAAAGGCUCAGCGCUUACCCACCUGACCGGCACCACUGCUGUCACCCUCCACCAAAUAUCCCAUAACCAAACCCGCAUCAGUCUGACGGCCAUGCAGAUGACUGUGAAGAACCAAGAGUUCACCAAACCCUGCAGUUUUGAUCAUUCUGUGCUUGAUAAUCCAUUUUUGUGUAUUGUUUCUCACAUACACCAGGAAAGACAUGAGCUUUAGGAGACUUAAUGAAAUUAACCUACAUAUUAAAAUAAAAUAGAGACAAAACUGAAAAAUGUCUUACAGAAAAAGUUUAAACUGCCCCCUCUUGACUGAGUGUUUGCAUUGCAUGUCUGUGUCUCUAGUAGGGAAAAGGUUCAGAGGUGGAGGUUUACCUUGAUGCUCUUUGUGAGCAGGUAUCCACUGUAGAGAGAGGAGGUGGUUCUGCUUACAGCCUCCUGGAAGCACCUGCAGCCUCAGUCUUACAUGAGUCUGGUUUUGCUCGAGAUUUCUGCCUGUUCUGCCUCAACCUCAGUCUUCAGAAGGGGGUUUCCACUGCUGUCCUUGUUGAACUCAGAUGGAUGUUAAACCAGUCAUCCUGUGUCUGGAAGACUGUUGAUAACCCUUCAUGAGCCAGUUCACGGGGGGUCCCCUAGCAAGAAGAAAUCCACAUCCUUCCCUUUAAUCUGUGCAGCUCUCUGAAAUGAGACACAAUGUUAUAGAAGAUUCAUGCAGUGUUACGACAUGAAAGUAGUACGUACAGUCUCUCUGUCUGUCUGCAUGCAAACCCUCAGGGGAAGUCGGGCAUUCUGAAAGAGAUCUGAAUACUGGAGGACACUGGCAUCAUGGGCAGAUACUGGCAUUCAGCAGUUCAUUCUCCAAAAGCUAUAAAAUCAAAGUAUGUUUGAUUCAUUCAGUAGAUUUCACAGAUUUAAUCAUGGGGUCACAGUUAGCAUCAAGUUGUAAGAGAUUAAAAUCUCAUGUCUGGGCUCCUCGAUCCUGAUAACAAGACUGAUGAUAACAACAAUACUGAUGUAAAUCAUCAAUACUGAUGUGUAUACUGAUACAUACAUUACACCCACCAAACCACAGAGACUGAGAACUGAGCAGCUAUUUCUCUUCCUCACAGAAACACCUGAGCCCAUCAAAGAUUGGUUCCUCUUCAGGCCACAGGCUGUGUGGAUGCCAUGUUCAGAUCUUAAGCUUUCUCACCCUGCAGUGGAAACUUUAAUUUACUGAUUGAUAAUGCAGCCAUGACAACUCCCUGAAAGGACAUUUACAUGAAUUUCUUCACUGGUUGUACAGUAUGGUGGUAACAUGCAUUGUAACCCUCUGUAUCAUGUAUCAGACUUUCAUGAGUGAGCUUAAUGACAUGCUGUCUGCAUCCAUGAACUCUCAUAUUACUGCUCUGUCCCAACGUUCCUGGAUGUUGACUUUGAUCCACACUCCUGGGGGGGGGCCUCUGAUGGUUGUAGAAAGGCCAUCAUGGCUGCGUUUGCCAUUUCCUAGUGUUGUCUUCUGCCAUUGUUGGAGGUUUGAAAUAGAGUGAAGGUUCUCCCACCUGAUAUUAAAGCUGAAAGAGCAUUAUGUGGACACAGUACAGGAACAACACGACAGAAGUUUUAUUUCUCGAACCUUCUCCGACCUCUCAGAAAUACUUUGUGAUUUAAAAGACAGGUUUAUGCAUGUUAUAUGUGGGUAAAUACGCUUCAUCAUCUGGGUGAUGGAUGAGUCACAGAGACGUGAUUUUAUCUCUCAGGGUGUUGAUUGCUGUAAAUGAUGCUUCACACAUGAGAUGGGAUCUCAUGACCAUCAGCUCUGUUGACACAUGUGGGUUCCUGCGGUGCCCUUUAUCCAAUUAUCAAGGAAAAGUGAGGAAAAAAGGCACGAUACACACCCACAAGAGUCAUUUAAUUUUCCUCUGCCAGGAAGGAGUUGGUCAUCUAUUUAUUAUUUAUUUAGGGAUGAUGCAAAGUAGAAGGUCAAGUUUCCAACAGCUGAAGGAAAACAGUACAGUUAAAAAAACAGAUACCUGCAACUGAGACUUUAUUUAAAGAGGAGAGGUAGAGGCUGGGAAUGGAAAUGUUCAUUUGAACUAGAGCUGUGUCUGAAAGUCCUUUUUAAACUAUAUGUGUUUAAAUUAUUAUGACUGUUCAAACACUGUACAUAAAGAGGUAAAUGUAGCUGUGGUUGAUUGGAAAGACAUAUGAGCAAAUAUGAAGAACAAACCUCUUGGCUCUCUUGGAGAGAGAACAGGUGGAAGAAUGCUACAGAACUUUUUCGACAUCAGCUCAGAAAAAAGUCAGAGUACAAGAUGCUGGAGAAGUUGUUUAAAAACCAAAGUGUAUUAUUGUGUUUUAGGACAGCCUCUCAGUCAGUUCAGGCUUCAAAUACAACACGGCUGCCCAUGUUUGAAAUUUUGAUCUUUUUAAAAAUGUAUUUCCCGCUGACAGCAGUCUGGAUAUCUCUUUCAAUAUUUAUUUAUUAUUGCACUUCCUCUCUUGACCUCAAAUUAACAUUGUGUUAGAUUGGGGGUAGGGUGGCGCUGCUGAGCUCCCGUCAGCUCAGAUGUGGAAGCCCAUGACCUGAAAGUGAGAAGAUGCUGGGUCAUGGCCUUAGACUGUAUAUAGAAUGGACAGAGUCUGCCAUCUCGCUGGGUGAAGCCACUCCGAGAACAGCACCCUCUGGCGGCGGGCUGCAGUAUAGGUCAUAAACCCCACCUCCACCAGCAAAGUAUGGAGCUGUGGACAAACUUUAGAAAUUUGUUACACAGAACAAAAUUUUCAAAGUCCUCUUUUUUCUAUACAUCUCCAUUUUUAAAAGUUAUUAGGGGGAUCAUGUUUUCUAUGAUUGACACCUGAUACAGCCUAUGGGAGGACAGGGAUUGCGUGGCUCACCCGAGGGUCUGAGCCGAGCGUCAUCACAGUGACUCUCCCGCCACAUGUGUACAAUGCUACUGCGCAAUGUUGGUUUCAGGAAAUGGAGAAAAAACACGGAAGCACUGAGAACUUUUCGGCUUCAAACUCGUAUACAGGCAGAAGGCAGAACUACGUUGUCCAUAGUACAGUCUAUGGUCAUGGCUGAGACGGGAUUUAUGAGGCAGUGGUAUUCUGAUAAGAAAAAGUUUUAAAAUUGUUGGGAACAUGAUUACUUUUUUACUCAAACUGAUUUCACAGCAGUACUCCUGAUAUGUUGCUGUUUUAAAAGAGUAUAAUCUUCAUCGCCACUACGAAACGCAGCAUUCCCACCAGUUCUCAAAAUACACCGGAGAGGAGGGAAAGGUGAAGACCGGAGACUAGCUAUCAAAGGCUAACCUCCCAACAACGUACCAACCAUCAUCUGUACAAGCAAAUGUCACUCGGGCAAGUUAUCGGAUUAGCUCCAUCGUUGUCAGAAUUGGUCGACCUUUUGCGGCGAGUGAUUUUGUGAAACAGUGUCUGACAGUCGCGUGUGAUGAAAGCACGGGCAUAUCGCACUCGGCCCAGCUGCCAGUCUCCCUUCGAGGCGUUAAUGAGGACUUUGAAGUGUGUUAGGAACUAGCAUUAAGGCACUGACAGGGACAACAGAAGGCAUGGAUGCUUUCAUGGCAGUGGAGCGAGUUAUGGAUGAAAAAAGGCAUGAAAUGGGAAAACCUUUCUGGCAUCACGACAGAAUGCACAGUAACACAGUAAAAAAUGGUGUUAUUAAUUUUCAAAAUUACUUUAUAUGAGUGUUUAUGUUGCAGAGUUAUGCUGUAAGCAUAUUAAAUUUUUUGCACUCCAACAUGAAUAUUUAGUUUUGGCCCGUGACCCUCUUCCUCGAUUAAAUUUUGUCCCUCCUCUGAAAAGAAUUUGGGCCCCCCUGAAAUACAGAAAUGUUUGGAACAAUAAUUAUGGGUUCUGUUUUUACUUCAAGUAUUUUCUUUUGGAAAAUAGACGGAGGAAUGACAGGAACUGCAAACAAAUAGAUGAGUUGAGGACUAAUUUCAAACAAAAAAGACAGUUAACAGCCGUUCUCCAUAAUAAACAAUAAAUUAAAACGUAAAUAAAAAAAACUUUUGCUCUAUCUUUGCACAAAACAGAAGCUGAUCCCCGUUCUGAUUUCAAUCCUUCUAAAAUGUUUUUCAGCUCUGGUUAAAUUUCGAGUAACAUCUGCAAAUACUUCAAACAUGUUAUCGUAUCUGUGGGAUUCUGUGCCCCAAACAUUUGUCUCCAUCAUUUCAGUUUCCUCUUUUCUUACUGUCCACACACACUCCACCCACCAUACAUUAUUUAGCACUUGUCAGUGCUUUGGCCUCAAACUGCACACCACAAAUGGCCUCCUCAACCAAUCCUUCAUUUAUUUCUUGCUCCGUUUGAGUUUGUAGAUAAAUGCUUUUAAGUCCUAUCGAUGCCAGGCUCAUUUGGUAUUCUCAGUGCAUUUACGUGUAUCCCAGCUCAACAGUGUCUAUUCAGGGCCUGCUUGUGUUGCUAUGCUCUACUGUGUGCUGUACUGCAGGGCCAGUGACUUUGUUUUCCAACCCCACCUCCAUCUGUCUGAGUUCGCUCUGUGGGGAACACCUAACUCAGGUAGUCUACUGUACUUGAAUGAGUAAAUAUGUACAAGGAUAUCUUGAUCUGUUCAUCUACUCUAUCGUUAAAUCUACUACUCAUUAAACAGGCACCAAUGCUGUAAUUACAGUCUACUCCCACUUGACUGUCUAUCCAGGAAUGGUUUCCCCAGUGAGCUUCAAAAAUUCAAAUAACACUUUGAAAGUAAUUACACAGUAUUUGCAGUAAACCCCCCGUAUAAAUAGACUAGAAAAAAACAGCUCUCCUUUAGUACAACAAUAACACUGGAACUAAUGUGUCCACCAGGUGUGGAACCAGCCGUGGAAAAGAUCAGGGCGUAGGUCACUCUGAGGCGGGUCUUGCAGGGGGGGCAUGUUUCCCCUGAAAUUUUAGCAGUUAUAUUUGGAAGCCAACCUGGAUGCAUAUUUUUACAUUAAUAUUUACAAGAUGGUGGUUUUAAUGAAGAAAAGCUGCCACUCUGCAGUUUCAGCACAUCCAGUACACACAUACUGAAUGUAGGGCUGGGCCAUAUGAGCAAAAGUUUAUCUAGAUAUAUUUUUUUCAUAUCAGUUGAUAUUGAGAUAUAUCUCGAUAUAAAAACUGCCAUUUCACAGUGUUUAUUGGUAGCAUGUCUUUUGCAAUACAAUAAGCUCCUGCAUCUGUUCAGUCUUUGUGUCUCUUCAACGUUUUGUCGUAAGGCGUUGCUCUAGAGAGAGUGCACUAAAUCAUCCGCUUUCUCUUUGUAACCUUUUGUGUUGCACGUGCUCUGCCGUGUAGCACUGCUUCAAGUAGUGAAAAAAAUUUGAGGUUUUCCCCGGCUUUGGGAGAACAUGAGCUCAACACAAUUUUCAGUAAACAUUACUCUGCAUCACGUCCAACCUCAAAAAAAAAAAAAAACUCCACACCACCAACGUUUUCGUGCCAGUGUUGUCAACGAUGUCAUCUGUUGAGCCUUCAUCUGCAUUUCUGCUUUUUUUUCAUUCAAAUUUUUUCAUUUUCUUUGUUUCUCACCAACAGUGCUGUCUGCUUCACCUGUUAAAGUGCUAUGGUUGGGUGUAGCUGCUGUCUGCUACGACGCAGUUGUUCGCUACUUGGUUCUAAUUCAGCACACGAUUGGUCCAGUGCGAAGCGGACCUGAAGCAACUCCCCUUUUCAUUGGCUAUUCGUAUAAUCUACCCAAACAUGGCAGAACGCCGACUAUUAUAAAGCAUAUUGACUAUGUUUCUUAUUAUCGUUUUAUCGCCAAGCCCUAACUGUACCUAACAUGUCUGAGGACACACAUGCACAGUUGUUUGUCCACAACAGAGAACUAGACCAGGUACAGGCCUCAUAACAGCAGUUAGCUAAAUUACAAAAGUGACGUUUAAUGUGUGUCUCUUGGACAUUAGGACACACGUACUCCCCAAACUAUUCCUCCGCAACUUUGCCAUCCUCUAAAGACUCCGGUCUUUAUCCAGAAAGUGACAAUAAUAAAUAAUGUUAUCGCAGACAAGGCUUUAUUUCUCAAGACCAUGAGCUCGAUAACACUUAGUUAAAGGUCAGUCAGUCAGUCAGUCAGUCAGUCAGUGUAAAGGACACUUAACUUGAAAUACCAAAGCGGCACAGAUAAAAAAAUACCUCAUCUUUAAUUUCCAGCCCCAUGGCAGUGUUAAAUAGUAACUUUAAUCAUUGCUUUUAGUGUAAACGUCAUAGUAAAUUAAAUAACAUGACAACAGAUCUUAGGGUUUGAUGUCUGACUGUUGUGAUUCAUGUUUUGAGAUACUGAAGCUCAGGGGAUACAUCACAGGCAGAGGCAAAGGUGCUGUUUGCUAUUUAUAGAAGACGGGGUCAAGACCAGUUCUGCAGCUCAAUGCUUUUUGCAGUGAGAUACUGUGUGUGGGAUGAGGUAGUAUUAGUCUUACAGGAUGUAUGAGAUCAUCAAAAUAGACAUCAGGCUUUAACAUACACAACAGUACAGAAGAUGAGACAGAACAACACAACAGAGGAAGAGAGGAGAGAAGGACAGAGAAGAGUGGAUGUGAUGUCCCCUCUGGAAGCCAGAAUCAGGUCCUUGCAGCAGGUCAGCAGCUGCAGCUGGAUGGAUGGAUGGAUGGAUAGAUAGAUAGAUAGAUAGAUAGAUAGAUAGAUAGAUAGAUAGAUAGAUAGAUAGAUAGAUAGAUAGAUAGAUAGAUAGAUAGAUAGAUAGAUAGAUAGAUAGAUAGAUAGAUAGAUAGAUAGAUAGAUAGAUUGAUAGAUAGAUAGAUAGAUAGAUAGAUAGAAAUAAUUGAUGGCUUUUCUCUUAAAAUAUAAAUGAGCUGAAUCUCACAUUCACAAAUAAGUGUGUUGCUCAUACAGUACAUUGAUUCCUUGUAUCUGUAUGUGUGUGUAUUGAGUGGCUCUCCAGUAUCCCAGCAACCGUGUACAAGGGAUGAGCGAGCAAAUCUAAAGGAGACUGGUGUCUCACCUGACCAGUGUGGACACUGUGGCAGAAUAUACUUCUUCUACUUCUACGGACUUAAUCCCAGAGAAUGAUGAGCAGGUAGUCUGGAUGUUUUUUCUCCACGUCUGUUAUCUGGUCAGCCAGCUGUUGUAGUGUCUCCUUUAUACAGGCUGAGGUGGGAUGUAAACACUGACCAGAACAAACAAAAACUCCUGCAGUGAAUAAACGGUUUAGAGUUUAUGAAAAGGGUCAUUUAGAAUUUCAACAUUUUCCCUCAGACUAAAGACUUUAUCCUCUAUUCUAUCAAACCUCUGUAAGUCUGCUGAGUAUCUCAGUUACCAAGUGUGACAGUUUAAAGUUUAAGUUACAGAUGAAAGUUACAAAAGAGAUCAAAUACAUUUCACUCAUAAACACCUCAUGAUGAUACUCGUCUUAACGCUUCUUACAAACCAGAAUGAAAUCUGCAUGAGAAGUAUAUUGGUGAGUGACAUCUAUAGCACUUCCACCUCAUCAUGUAACACAGUAAAAACACAAUCUCACUAAGUCCAUCAAAGUAAGCAGAGUGCACUGACACGUGUUUUCUUGGUUAAAAGUUCACGUUGUGCAGCUUAACGUUAGCAGCUGUGUGGUGUGGACCCACACACACGCUGACAGAGAGAGAGUGGGGGGGUCAUACAGGAACCUGUUAUUAUUUGGUACUUACUCCAAGCCUCCAUGAAUGAUGACUUCUGCCCUUUUCAGCCUCUGUAAAUAUCACCCAGACCUGCAAAUCCUCUUGUGUGCUCGACAAACACGGUCGUACUCCACCGAACUCCUGCUGCUGAACUGAACGGGUCUAUAAGAGGACGAGAAUAUAGUCCGUCAUGCAAACAGAGUCGGUGUUAUGCAGCAGGAGAAAUGUUUCUGCAAUGACUAAUGUAUGUGAAUUUCCUUUAACUCCACUUUACCUGUGGUUUCUUCUUGCAGACCGUGCGUCAUGGUUUCCCCUACCAGCCCACUGCUUUGGCCUUCGACCCUGUGCAGAAGAUUCUCGCCAUCGGCUCCAGAUCAGGCGGUGUGAGGAUGUAUCCUUUACACCUUGAGCACUCGCGUCUUCUCUCCACCUGUUUCUGUCCAGCAGUUUACAAACAUUCAUCAAUAUAUGGUUAUGACAGUAUGACCCAGCAUCUGCACCUUACUCUCUGUUGCAUUUACUGUAGAUGAAUCCUUUUAUCCUUCAUUUUAUAAGCAUUCACCAUUUAAUUAAAGCAAAACACAAAGAGAUGCACAUGAUUCUUCCUGACCAUAGUAACUGCUGUUACAGUAACGCCUUUUUCCUUCCCCCAAGGCCAUCUCCAGGCAAGGUCUUCCUUCUUUUACCCUUCCCCCUUCUUCCCCUUCACCGUUCUCCUCCCCCAUCCAUCCCUGUCAAUUUGUGUUUGAUUGGCUGUCAUUCCACCUGCUCAGAUCUGUCCACGCACCAGCCCGUCCCCUGUGUCACUUGGUCGGGGAACGGAGUGGACGUGUGAGGGCAAUUAAGGUGUGAGAUUAUGCUGCCAGGGUUUCCAUUAUGCUUUAAGGGAACGUUUGUCAAAGGCAGCGAACGGUCAGAGAUAAUGCAGCCGUCACACUGUUUGUCCUGAGUAGUGAUGAUAGAACAUGAUUUAUAAACACACCUCUCUUCUUUUCCUUCCUUAUGGACCCUCACCCACAGUCAUUUUUCUCUCUAUUGUAAUAUUCAGUUCACCCUCCGCCCUUCAAAUCACUUUCUUUGUUGUUUUUCCUUUUCUCUCUUUUGAAUGUCUGCGUGUCGUCGUUUGCUUUUCUAAUGCCUCUUUUCUUUAUGUUCUUUCCUUUGCAGCUCUGCGUAUUUAGCGGAUUUCUACAAUCCCUUUAAAAGAGUCAUUACAGCCUUUCGGAGCCGUUCUUCAUCAGCACUGUGUUAGUGCUGCACACAGCCAAAACACUCAUUCAACAGAUGUUUUACGAGUUUAAAUCAUGCUUUCAUUUUGGUCUGUCCACCAGAGUGAACUGACCUCAGUCUCUGCUUUAUCCUGGAGGAACACGUCUUCAUUAGACAGAGACACAUGAUUUUAUCUGUGGGCUCAUCCAGUUGACACGAUUGUUUGGCUGUGUAGUAUCACGGUUUUACAGAGAAUAUCAAUAUAUGUAAAUAAGAUGUAAAUAACAACCACUAUGGGUUAUUUGGAGUACUUUAUUUUUACUGACGUGUUUUUAAUGUUUGUGUUAGAGACCCGUACAAGCAGAUACAGGAAUAUUAAAAUACUGUAUAUAAAAUGCGUCUAUAUAAAAAGUGUCUGUACAGUUAAACUACCUGUUAAACAGCCUGAAAUGAACUUGUCAGCUUAGCCUCACAUUAUCCUCACAGAACAACAGCACAGAACAGGCUGUUUAAGUCCUUCUGUGCAAAAUAUUUACAAAACAAAACAUUAAACUUACACACAAGUGAAAAAGAGGCAUCUUUCUAAAAAAGAGACUCUUGACUUUUGCAGAAGAAACGUCCUUAAAAACAACACAGGUAACGAGAUUUUGGUUAAAAACUCCAUAAUCACAAUUUAAACCCCACUGAUAACACUUUAAAUAGUAUAUAUAUAUAUAUAUAUAUAUAUAAAACAGAGUGGUACUUUAAGAGAAUAAUGCUGGCUGACAAAGAAUUUAAAGACAAGGGAGAAAACCGUCACGGUGAAAUGUCAGCCAGCGUCAACUUUGACAGAGAAUAAAAAAACCUCAUUUUAGACUCUGACAACACAGAAUUUAUCCUUGAUUCAGCACAAAAAAAUUGUAUAGAACAUCACUGCAGGUGAGAUAGUGCUUUAUCAGCCCUCAUGUCAUAUUAAUUGAUCCUGUCUAUCACCAUAGCAACAGACUCUAGCUAAAGGCCUUUACCAAUACAACCGCCUCCCUCGUUAAUUUGAUUCACCUCAUUGCCAGCGCCUUGAGCAGUCAGUCUCUAAAAUGUCCAGACAUUUUGUCCAGACAUUUGCUUGUGAAGGAAACCCAACUUGUUAUUUUCAGUUGUUGUUUUAUUCUGUCAUAUCUGUGGACAUGUCGUGUCUGUGUCAGUGAAUCUGUCAAAUCUGUCAAUGUGACUUGGAGCAGCUACAAUGAGGAAGUUUUAUCUGGAUCAUCUUUUUCAUCAGGGAGGAGUGAGAGGACGGAAAGAUGUUAUUGUGAGGGGACUGAGAGACCCACUGAUGAGGAAAGAACAGGCUGGAUAAUUGGUACAUUAGCAAAAGAACAGAUCAGGAAAGGAUGGAUCCAAACAUUUACGUUUGUGGUCGUCGGUCUCAUCCUGUACUGCGCUGUCAGGUGGUGUUUUAAGUCUAAAGCAUGUCGUAUUGUAAACCAGCUGGCUGUGAGUCAUGCACAGCAGACAGCUGAAGGUUACAGUUGUCUCCAUGUCUCAAUGAGCUUUCUUUUUGUGGAGCAUUAUGCAGCAGCUUCCCCAAACAAAAGAACUUAUAAAGGACAUGCAGAGAUGCUUCCCAGACCGGCAAAGCUGGCACGCCACUAACUCUGCAAACCGGAGAGAUGGUGAUUGUCUGAGCCUGUGGUCGUGCUUUCAUGGAGCUUUCAUGGAGCUGAACUGGUUUAGUGUUAUUGUGAUAAUUGUAUGUGCUUAAUAGCACAUAAUCCAAACUAGGACAAACAAUACAUCCAAAAAAGCUGAAAAAGAUCAUUCAUUUGUUUUCACUUUGAAUCAGUUUGUGAUUUUGUUUUGAGGUGUACUCUUGAAGGUGAAAGAGUCGUUCCUCGGUACAGCAGCACUCUGCCUGCAGCUGCUCACAGACUUUGACAAACAGAAACUGUUAAAGGUCGAGUGUGUUUGUGUGUGACUGAACACAAAAUCAAAACAUGUACAGGUGCUGCACACAGGAGACAGGACCUUAUCCAUGGAUUCUGACAUAUAAAUAUAAGUUUAGAAAGCGCUCUUGUUAUCUUUGCUCUUGUUGCCACUGUCCACUAUUCUGCGGCAGCGCUGUUCACCUGCUUUUAUUCCAGUUUUGAUGUUUCCAAAGAGAAAAUCCACGUUUGUUUCCACCACAGAUGUGAGGAUAUCCACUUUCAUCUCUGAAAAGUUUUACACCUUUCAAAUAUUUCUCCUCUUUCAUGUUUGACCUCAGUGGGCGGGGCUUCUGAACCACGAAUAUUUAAGGGCGUUAACAUAUUAAUAACGAUCGAUUUCAGCCGCUGCAUUUCUCAAGGACUCGAUUAUACGUACGCUGGGAUUGGUCAGAUACGAACCCUUUCAUAAAUCUCACGUGUGUCCUAUCGUACGAUGAAUCCUGUGCUCAGAUCUAUAAACGGGGCCAACAUGAGGAAAACUCUACGAUGCAUGAUGCUCAGUAAAUAAACAAUGUCCAUAAAGAUAGUAGACAGUAAAAAGUCCAUAUUGUUUGUUGGCCUUCUACACUUUUUUUGACGGCCUAGUAACAUCAGCCAGAAGAAAAGCUGGACGUGGACAGUACAACGCCUUUGCAGGAUUGAAACUGAAAGACAGUCGUGGACAGGCCACGCCCCCUCACCUGUGUUAUUACGGAUGUUUUCCCUCAAACCAGGCCGAGGUGAGGAGAGAGGCUGUAGUGUCUGUCAUGAUCAAACAUCAACAUGUCCUCUUUGUUUUCAGUCAUCCUUUAUUCCAGAUCUGACAUCGCACCAUCUGCCGGCUCAGACCCACAAACACAGAUCACUGCUCUGUGCUGUUUCAGCUAUUGUGCCAGCACACUUGGUGUUGGUACAAACUAACAUUCAUUCUGUGGUUCUUGGCUCAAAGCAGAGAGUUUUAUCAGGGGGGAAAUCCUACUGUCACAGGAUCAUUAAUCCAGUGUCAGGAAAGGUUUUCAUAAAUCACUUCAACCUCUUUCUUCGUGUCUUUAUCAUCUUAAUACAACAACCCUUCCUUGACCCUGUGAUCUCAUUAGACUGGGACGACCUGGAGUGGACAGUUACUGUCAGCAUGAGGGCGGAGCAGCUGUCCUUCAGCUGCAGUUCCUCAUCAAUGAGGUAAACUCGCGUCCUUUGGAUCUGAACUGUUUCAUUCUCUCAGUCAUUUUUUCACUGCUUGUUUUGGGGAUCUUUACUGCUCUUAUUAAUGGAGGUUCUGAAAGGACUAAUUAAUGUGUUUGUUUGCCUGUCGUGAAUCUGUUAUUCUGCUUGAUGAAUGAGAGAGGUUGUGGGGUGCUGAUUGUUUUAGUCAGACAAAGUUGGAUGGAGACGAGAGAAAGGCGAGAUUGUGGUGCUGUACCCAGGGCUGGGCUGAAUUCUUCUGCACCGCUGAAAGGGAAAAAGAUGAAUAGGAGUUCUGUAUUGCAAGAAUUUCUUGUUGAAUGUGUCCUCGUCCUUGCCAACUCUGUAAUUAUUCUUACAGGUUGUUAAGCCUUCUUUUCAGCUUGAAAACAUGUUUUCUUUAAGUGCAGAGAGGUAGAAAGGAGGAGGAGUCGCAGAGGGAGAGGAGCAGAUGAAGGAGACGUUACAGCAGGCAAACACAUACAUCAUUAACCUUUGGCACAACCACAAAUGGGCUGCUGGGGCGCUCGUAAUUAGACCACCAUAGAUGAUAAACCAACAGGAGGUUCAGCGUCGAAACUGCCUUUUCAUUUUGAAGUAUUUGACUUUUUUCAGAGCUGUUGAGAUUCUCAUCUAUGAAUGUAGUAUGAAACCACGGCCCAGCCCUGUUUGUAGUUAUAAGCAGAAGGAAACCAUCAGAUUACUGGACCAUUAUCAACCCUAAAUACUGAAAAAAUACAGAUUUUUGUCGUGCAUUUUGUUCCUGGCCUGCUGGCUGUUAUUUUACCCCAGCUGUGUGAUGAGCCUGCAGCUGGUCGCCUCGCUUUUGCUCCUACAGAGACAUCAAGAUAAAUUAACCAUCAUGGAGGUGACCUGAUUCUCACCCCUCUGUCAUCUCACAUCCUUCUGUUUCUUGCAUCUGAUAAACAGGUGGAUGUUCCAGUUUUCCAUCUUCUGGUGACAGAAACUCUUUAAAAAUGAAAAUAUUGUUAUAACUUAAUAGUUGUGGAUUUAUAGUUAUUUUAAUCAUCGGUUGAUUGUAAAUUGUGAAAGUGAAUCUGUUGUCAUUUACUGUUAUUCACAUAAUGACAAAAGAUGAAAUUCGAUCAAUCUAAUCGUAUUCACUUACACGUUUAAAAACACUCCACAUCCAUGGCUGCUAGUCCCUGACCAGAUUACAUUUUUAUCAGACUACAUAAUCCAUUAAUUUAUAAAGUUUGUUCACAGCUCUGUAAGCUUUGCUGGUGGAGGCGGGAUUUGUGACCUAUACUGCAGCCCGUCACCAGAGGGUGCUGUUCUCAGAAUGGCUUCACUCAGUGAGGAGGCAGACUCUGUCCAUUCUAUAUACAGUCUGUGGCUGCUCUCGAUAUUAUGCUGUGACGGAGCUGAUAUGCGUCCUGUAUGUUUCAGCCGUCCUUCCACCUGAACUGGACGGUGUUCGUCUCAGAGAACGCUCUGUGUUCUCCUUCUGCAGCGUUGUGUCAAUGUGUACUGAUGUGUAAUCAUUGUGUAAUCUGUGUGGUCUGUAGGGGGCGCUGGUCACAGCCUGCGCAGAUGACACACUUCAUUUGUGGAACCUCCGUCAGAGGCGGCCGGCUAUUCUGCAUUCACUCAAAUUCAACAGAGAGAGGUAACAAAACUUAACACCUGACUCCUUAGAAAAGACUGCUGUGACUUCACUGUAGGGCUGCCAAAGAAUAUUACACACACAAACAUAUAUUAAAAUAUGACAUUAAAAAUUACAUACAAAUACUUGAGCCGAGUGAUCAUGUCAUUUAAAACAACAACAAUAAUAAUAAUGAUAAUAGUAAUAAUAAGUUUUAUUAAUACAGCACCUUUAAAAACAAAGUCCUGUCAUAUAGGCAGAAGAACUUAUCAGGGCCCAGCAAGACAAAACAAAAUAAAACAUAAUCCUUAUGAGCCAAAUAAAAAAACAUGUCUUUCCCAAAAUCCUAAAUUAAAGCAUUUUAAAUCUAAAACAGAUACGAGUAAGCAUUUAACAUGAAUAUGUGUCGAAUAAGUCAGUUGAAUAAUUUUUUGAACUUCAGUCAUGAUCUGAAAUCUGUAAUAUUCCUUAUUAAUUUUUCUGUCUCGUUAAUUCAGUAAGAAUCCAGUAUUUGAGGAAAUAUUCAAGAUCAUCUGUUAUGUUUCCGAUGUGUCAGUAUCAUAGAAUUGAAUUAUUUUAUGUUUCAGGCAUCACAUAUGACCAGCAACUGUCCUGCUCUCUCAUUAUUGUCUACUGGCCAUAAAAACAGAUACCAGAGGACCAUUGAUUAUUAUUAUACCUGUCUGUCACAGGUGUGAACAGAGGUAGUGAGCCAGUGUAAACAGAUGAGGGGUUGUACAUGAGAAUAAGUCGAUUUUCAAUGUAACAGGACACAAACAGAGGGUCCAGCUUCCACCUCUGUUAUUCUGAAUCUGUAGUUCAGCAGAAGACGAGUCUGAAGGACUAAUGAAAGAUGCAGAGGUGUUCCCAUGACAUGAACGAUGACCCCAGCCCACGACUUUAUUAAACCUUGAACGGGUGUCAGCACAUGAGUGGCUGUUUAUCAGUUUAAGAUUUUCACACACACACACAAACACACACACACACACACACACACACACACACACACACACACACACACACACACACACACACACACAUAAAAAAAAAUGCCAAUCGAUAGAAAUAAAUUUGUAUGUGUUCAAAAAUGGCACACUGAAAGGUUCACAUCCAGAGAGAGAGAGACCACCCUUUAAAAGACUAAAGACCCUGUAUGAUUUCUGGUAUCUGAACUCUGUACUCUCCUCUGUGUCUGGUUCUCCAGGAUCACCUUCUGCCAUCUCCCCUUUCAAAGUAAAUGGCUGUAUGUUGGAACGGAGCGAGGAAACACACAUAUCGUCAACAUUGAGUCCUUUGUUUUGUCUGGAUAUGUCAUCAUGUGGAACAAGGCCAUCGAACUGUAAGUGAUUGUUUUCAAACACAGACAGACAGCUGUUUUAAUGUCCGGAGGCAGAGAGUUUUAAAAUUCAGGAGCACAGAAACAGAGCGCUCUCUCUCUCUAUCUCUCUCUCUCUCUCUCUCUCUCUCUCUCUCUCUGGUGCAUCUCUCAUUCCAGGGUCUUUGAGACCUCACAGGGGCAUAAAAUAACAGACGAUCUGUCAUGUGUGGAGGAGACACUUAAAAACAAUUAAAAGAGCUUUAAAAUCAAUCCUAAAAGAAACAGGAGGCUGGUGCCAGUUUCUAAGAAGGGGUGUUUUCUGAUCAGUUUUCUUUUUUUAAAAAGAAAUAAAGUUAACCUUAUUUGUUGUCAAAGUGUUUUCACCAAUCAGAAUCUGUUUUUAUUUUUGUUUUUACAUCACCAGGUGAUUAAUAUGAACGUCUCCAAAGACAGUAGUGGUCUCUUGUAAGCUACUGAUAAUGAAAGUAAAAGACAAACAUAUUGUUUUCCAUGUUUACCUAACACCAUGUGAGAAACACGUUCACUAUUGCUGAGUCCCUUUUGAGUCCUUUGGUCUGAAAACAGAGAUGGUUAAACAGGUUCUUCUGUGAGGUUCUUCUCGACACGUUUUUGUGGAUCUUUUCUAACUGACUAAAAAACAUUUGUUUGAAAAGCCGGUCUGUGGUCACAGCUUAGCCUCGGUGUCAGCUCUCAGCUCCUCCUGCCAACUUGAAUUGGAUCUAAAUUGAACUCUCUUAAAACUCUGAAAAUUCACAUUUUAGCUGGACGUGGACCAGAUGAGCUAUUACACUGUAUAAACAGCAGUUCUGUUUGAUCAGCCAGCUUCAUCUGUUCAUAAAGAGGCUGGCAGAUGCAGCACAUGACAACUCAAGGUGCCAACAAAUAUUAGUUGUAUUUUAUACCAGUUUGUCCUUCUUGGUUUCACCCACCCACGUGCCACUCCUCUGGUGUUAGCCUUGUAAAUCCCCCACUGUAGUGUCAGUCACAAGUCAGUCUCAAACCAUGCCAUCUUGUUUCCUUGUCAUAGCUAACACCACACUGUAGUCAGCAGUCAUAACACUGCCAUAUUUGUGUGGGAGGGCUGUCACUGCUCAAGUCCCAGAGGCCAAAGCAGACGGUAGGAUUUCAACUGAAAGAGUGUUUUUUAUUUUCUCACCACAGAGUUUGUUUCAGACUCACCGACACUGUUGAUCCUCAUGUUAAAGAUUUUAAUUUAGCCUUUAAUUAUACAAAAACAGCAUCACUGGAUUGUUGUAGCUAUAAACUUUGUUUUUAGAGGAAGUACUUGUGAAACUUGGUGAAGAAAAAAUAAUAAACAGUUUUCUGUUGGGCCCCACAUGUUCCCGCUGCGAAGGCUAGAUUUACUGCAUUUGUCCUUUAAAGAUGUUUGCUAAUUUUGUGUUUUUUUGCCUUUGCACUGUUUGUGUGUUUGCAGCCUGGUAGGGUGGUUUCUCUGUAAAGAUGGUUAGGUAUUGCUGACAUUCAGGGUUGACUGUGAAAUUAUCUGUACAAAGUUAUUUCCAGCAACUUCUGAGUGUUUAAUCAGCCUUAUGAAUGAGUCAUGAGUAUAACCUGGUGUUAACACAUACUGUAGGUCUUGAGUAAGAAGGGAUUGAGGUGGUUUGACAAUUUACAAUAGUGAUGAGCACGGCACUUCUUUAAGAUGUACUGAAUCACUAGAAUCAGUUCACUAAAAAGAUUCGUUCAAAAGAUUCGUUCACCAAAUCACUGAAUCAUUUUAGCGCUUGGCGGGAGGAGCCUGUGACUCUGACCUCCUGAACUGAUAGACAGCUGAACGGUUCAGGAUUCAGUUCAGAUUCAGAUCUUCUGGGACUGGGAGACGAAAGUGUCUGUGUUUCUUUGACAAACAGGUCUGUAAAAAUGAACCUGUUUAUAAGUCAUGAUGUUUUAAGUGUCCUAUGGUGUGCUAUUUACCAGGUCUGUUCAGUAAAUUGGGGUCAGUGAUUCGUUUACUGAACAUUAAGAAGAAUUCACACUGAACAUGAACCGUUCCCUCACAAACUGCUGCACUGACAGGAUGCUGCCAGUUUAAUGCAAAACUUGUUACCUGCUGUGUCGUAUUGUAUGCAAGUUGUUGUGGUGGAAAUUUAGCAGUGAAAAAAAGGUAAUUUUGUGCGACAAAAAUGAUUCCAGAGUGUGUAGUUCAAUGUGUGAUUCGUUCACCAACUGAUUCAGGUGUUGUGCAUGUGUUCCCUCGUUUGCCGGCUGCUGGCCUGGAAAUUCUGUUUCUCACUUCAGCUCAACUGAAAUGAGAAACGAACGAAUCACUUAAGGAAGUGAUUCGGUUCAGUACGUUCACAUAAAAGAUUUGGUUCUUUUGAACGAAUCGUUCGCGACUGACACAACACUAAUUUACACAGCAGGGGAGUACAGCUGUAUGAUCUCUGCGCUGCUCAUUCACAUAAAACAUAUUUGAAAAUAAACUCUGAAAAGUAUAUUGUGGGUCGUAACUCGGGCUCAAAGGUUAAUUAUAUUUGCGGUUACAUCACGAUAUGAUAGAGACUGCGAUUUUGACUGGUCACGUGACUUGUGAGUGACGGGAAGCAGAGCAGGUAGACAGAAGUCAACGCCGCACUCUGUCGCACUGUGGACUAAUUCAGCUACAGACGCUGACACUGCAUGUCUGUGCGCGAUAGUGUGUGUGUGUGUGUGUGCGUGUGUGUGUGUGUGUGUGUGUGUGUGUGUGUGAAAUGAUAUUUGCCAGAAAGAACAUUUAAUGUGUAAUUAAUCUGAUUUCGUUUGCUGUAAGACAGAUUGAUUUAUUGUGUUUGUUGAAAAAUACAUUAGAAGAGGACCUUGUAAAAGUAAUCACAUAUUAAAUUACUAUAUUGAGGGGAAAAAAAUCGCAAUUAGAUUAUUUUUCAAAAUUGUGACAUUUGAAAAUUCCUGUCAUGUAUUAGUAAUAAACUAACAAGUUUAUCUGUAACUGUAGCAUCAAAAUACAGUGAGAACCUUUACCCUGAUGCACUGAAAUCAAGUCUACCAUAACACUGUGAUUGCAUUUGUGUCAUUUCUGUCACAAUACAAGUCCAGUGAAACCUUUACCCGUCUGUUUCGAUGAGUUUCUUCAGUCUUGCUGCUGGUUUUUUUUUCAUCUUUCUUUCCUCUUCUGCUUUUGCUCAGAUCAACAAAAACUCAUCCAGGACCAGUUGUUCAUUUGAGUGACAGCCCAAAGGACGAAGGCAAAGUGAGUAAGCAGUGGAAAUAAUUCUGUUCCAUCUCCAUGUUGGAACAGGAGGCUCUUGGGUGAUGCUUCUUCCCUUCAGUGUUCAUCUGUCUUUCUGUGUCUUCAUUUUCUCUUGAACUGUUUACUCAGAGUCUUUUACCUGUUUUACUUCUCAGCCCUGUUCAAAGAAAUCAGUCACUUUAAGGCCAACAUUUGACAUUAUUGCCCUCAUGUUAUCUUUUUAUUUGACAGAGAAAAAAAUCCAGACACAGAAGUGAAAGGGUGGCAGGGACGUGUGGGUAAUAUCCAUCAAGAAGAGCUGUCAGGGUCAAGCUGUUGUCAGAUUGGUGUGAAAAGUGUCGAAUAAAUGUUGUUGCAAAGAAAGUCAGGCAGUAACAAGAUCCUGGAGGCAUGUAUUGAUCUCCCCAAUAGAUUUUGCUUCCUCUCGAACAAUACUUAACAAGCUGUGAAGACAUAAAAGCAAGACAUGUAUUGACAGCUGUGGAAACACAGUGCUCACUGCCUGUAGAGAAAGUGACAUUUUGAGCCUCAAAAGAAGUCGCGCAGAGCGUCUCCACUGCAAGUAUAGACAGCUUUGGGGCGUCAUUGCGGCGUUGCAAACAGGAAGGAUAUGGGGAUGUAUCUCAGUAUGAAAAUCAAGGCUGUCGAAGUUCACAUGAAGAAAGCAAAAUUCUUUUAACACUGCUCAGUUUUCAUGAUUAACAGCGUAUGUGUCAAUUAUAAGAAGAAGUGCAAGAAGUCUGUUAAACUGCAGAACUGACAGAGUGUUGCUCACAUAGCACAGUGUUUAACUUUAUACCUCAAAUCACAACAACUGAAAAGAUUGUAUCGAUAUUCGUGCCAAUGCCACUGAAUUAUGAGUUUUAUUUUCAGUCUGGCCCCUAACUGGACCUUUUCAGGUCAGCUGAUUGUAGAUUCAACAAACUAAAACAAAGAUGGCAGCCUCUGUUUUCGCAUUGUCACUGAAGGACACUGAAGAUAAUGUGUAAAUCAUCUCAGGUUGUAAGCAGUGGUGAGAGCCGGAUUAAAACACGAGGAAUUAUCACCAAAACAAAAACCUUUUUGAGAUAUUUGAGAUACUUUUGAAGAUCUUUUAAAACAUUCACUCCUUCUCAGGAUUAAAUGCUAGAAACCUGAAACUGCAGCUACAGGUACCCACAAAAGUCUACUUUCAAACUUUUUUUCUGGGAGGAUUAGUUUGGCAACAGCGCCCCUCAAACACGAUUAAGGCUUUCUGCAAGGGCCUACAAAUCGCUUCUGUAGGUCAAAGGGCGUGGCCGUGAAGCCCUUUUUAAACUUGCGUCCACUGUAAAUGACCCACUCAAAAGCAGUCACAAGUACCAGUGCCUUAUUUUAUUUUAUUUAUUUAUUUAUUUUAAAUCUACAGUUUAUCAUUACUUGUCUAUUUGGUGUAAAAUUGAGGUCCCACAUUAAAAAAAUUUUAGGCUUCAUGAAAAUGAGUGAACCUGGUGGUAGCUGUAGUCAGGUGUAGGAUCAGCCCAGUCAGACAUAGGAUUUUAACUCUCCCCAUCACAGAAACUCCAACAAAAAACACUGAUAUUAUUGUUAUAUACCAAGUUGCACAUGAAAGCCAUCAUGUUAUUAAGGAAAUAUUAAGUAUAAUAAGGAAGUCAGUCGAUCCCCCAUCAACUUGGGCAGGGUCGUAACAGAGGAAUGAGGCUCAUUAACUCCAGUAAUAACCCUUUUUUUUCAUAAUUCUUAAUUAUCAUAGACCUGAAGCCACGUCUACAUCAGGCUUCAUAAAUAAACAACCAACUUUUUUAUUUCCCAUGCUUCAUUCCAGUGCAUGCGUCUGCCCCCUCUCUCUCUCUCUCUCUGUUUUAUCUCUCCUUUUAGAGCGAUACAUCCUGGAAGAAUCGCUGGUGCACCACAAAAUCAUUUCUUUCUCUGGGUUUUAACGUUAUGAGGCAGCUGGGAGCUGUAGUCUAGCUUGGAGUGCGUGUACCAAACCAAAAGAGUCUGUGGUGGUCAGUUUGAGGGUCACCACAGUGACUCUAGAGUCUGUCCACAGAGAGUCAAACCAAGGACAGACAUCAGACGUGUCAUUUUAGAUUUUAUUCAGAGUGGGGGAAUCCAGAGGGCCUUUCUUCAUGUUUAACAAAACAACUCUAGAUGCCUUUUCUAGUUUAUUAUCGAGUAAGAGUGUCUAAAGGUACUUUUUGAAGUGUACGCACUGGAAGAAAAUCUUGUAUUUCACCUAGUUUAUUAACUUUAUCACAGUCACUGAGCAUCUAAGGUGUACGUUGAUGGGCAGGUGGAGUUAUUCUCCCCAAUUCAACGACGAGACACCACAUCCUCUGGGUACAGAAGAAUCGAGCAUUUAGUUUCUUCUGUUAAACUGGACAUGUUGAGUAAUGAUGGUAGUAUAUGAGGUGGUCUACAGUGACCCAUUAACAGACGUUUGUUUCUCUUUGUGUGUGUGUACGUACUCUCCUAUAUCCUUGUCACUCCCCUUCAAAGCUACUUAUAGGUUUUGAGAGUGGGACUAUUGUACACUGGGACCUUCGAGGCAAGAAGGCUGACUUCAGAAUCUACUAUGAUGAGGUGAGCUCCAUAUUUACUCCAUAUUCUGACUUAAAGUGUGUAUGACAUGUUUGUAAAAAAAAAACAUUUCCUCUGGCUCACACAGGCCAUCCAUUCAGUCAGCUGGCAUCAUGAAGGAAAGCAGUUUAUGUGCAGUCACUCCGAUGGCAGCUUGACGCUGUGGAACCUCAGAAACACCACCAAGCCAUUCCAGGUCACUUUCCCACACGGUGAGAUCUGAACCCACACCGAUCCUUUUAAAAAUGUACUCAGACUAAUGAAGCUUGAGUCUGAGACGAUUCAGACAGCAGGAUCAUUUCUGUCUGUGGUGUUUGUGACGAUAAACGAUGUGUGACAAACCUAAAGGAAAAGACAUUCUUAUUCAGCGCUGUGACCACCACUGUGUGCAAAUUUCCACAGUGUCAUCAUUUUGUUCUAUGAGAAACUGCUGUUAGUUUCAGAGACUAAAGUACUGAACGUAUUAAACCUUUGUGAUGAGACCAGUCAAGGUAGUAUUGACAGUAAGCAGUUCAAUAAAGCUGAAGAGUAGUCAGUGUCACCAGGAGCAGGGUUUCCUUAAAAACUCUUAAAAGGUCUUAAAUUCAGAUCUCAACUCAACUCAACUCAACUCAACUUUAUUUGUAGAGCACUUUAAAACAACCACAGCUGUACAAAGUGCUGUACAUAACAGGACAAAAACAACAAGAUAAAAAACAAUCAAGAAACAAUUAAAACAAUGGAUAAAAUAAAAGCAGAAUUAAUAAUAAAAUAUAGCUUCAAUGUUUUUAAAAACUAAUUUAAAAACAUGGAAACAAAUAACUAAAAACUAAGAUCUGAAGAAAAGAAAGUCGGAUUACAUCUACUAAAGUUUGCCAAAGGUAAAAUUCCAUGUUAAUAAUUUUAAUACUAAUGAGAAACUGUGCACUGUGGCCAAGCAUCGCUGAAACAGACUACAGAUGGUUAAAUCUACAGACCGUGAAUGUGACCUGGAAAGAAGCUGGUACUCUCACCAGCACAGCUUUGCUCACCUUUACAGCAGCAAGAUUGAAAGUCCAGAAAAGUCCAGAGCCUUUGUCUUAGCUCAUCGAACAUGAUGCUGCUCAACCAAUCAAAGUCUUUCCUCAGAUCAAUCCUGGACUCGGGUCUCUGAGGAUUACUGAGGUGCCAGCUAAAAGCAGAGCUGACACAGCGAGAGAAAUCUAGUGAGUCAGGAAAAAUGUACAAGUGAAAGUAGAUGUGGCGUGCUCUAACAUGAGACAGAGCUUUGAGUCAACAACAGACGGAUUCUUCCUGUUCCUGUGGGCAGCACGGAACCAUUAGCAUGCUCAUAACACCCUGAAGAAAGAAAGGUCAGCUGACGUCGGCGCCUGAAAAUAGCGAUUUCAGACAUCGCUGAGAGGAAAAGCACAGUUGGUGUUUUCAGCAUUUUCACCUGGUGAUACAGACAUAAACAAACUGAAAGCCCGAUAUGAUGGAUCCAUGAUGUGCUGACAGUCUUUCUGUAUAAGUUCCUCUGAUGCAAGAUCCAGAUAUUGACACAGCUGAAAAUCCUGAUCUUACCACUCCGCACCUGUUGCCUUCUCAUCCCAACCGUGUAACUAGACUGACAGCUGGGGGUCCUCACAUCAACAGGAUUAUCAGGUGGUCUAAUGAUUUUUCAGGAUUAUCAUUAGUAUCCUGCAGCAUCCCUAAACCAUCUCCCUCCAUGCGAGUUCUUUCACUUAUCAGACCUGUUUGAAGAGAGAGAAAAACAGAGCAGAGAUGAUAGGAAUGGAAACACAGAGCCAGGGCAGAAAAGAAAGGAAGAGUUAGAGAGAGCUGGAGCACAAUCCCACCACAGAUAGGCAGUGGUUUCAUCUUCUCACUUUAUGAACCCAAAUAAGAAAGCAAACCUCUGAGUCUCCUUAAGAAAAAGGUUGAUGCUGUUUUAUGCCUUUAGAGUUCAUAUCACAUAUCAUAUCAAACCAUUCAUCCAUUCAUUCACAGAAUUGUGAAUUUAUUAUCAUUAUUUCAUCAUAGUCAUCUACUGCAUUUAUGUUAUUAACUUAGUUUCCGGAAAUAAAUCUAAUUUGAAGGUUUUUUCUCUUAGUAUUCCUUCCAGAAGUUGGCGUCCCGAAUCAAGGACUCUGGUUAAAAAUACGAGAUUGAUACGAGAUUACGAUGUCAGAGAUGAGACAUCCCAGACAUCAGAGGAGAGGUUGUUCCAGAGGGUAGAGAAAGCCCUGUCUCAAAUGUAUGAAGUCUGGAUUUUGGGAUGGAGAGUCUCUCAGAAACCCUAAUUUCCAUCCUGGCUGCUCAGUUUCUGUCUCCUUUUAACGAGUCCUCCUAAGGCCCUCUCAGUUCUAUAAAAUAAACGGUUUAUUGACACAUUAUCCAGAACCAUGUCAGGCCUCAAGUUAGUGUGAACUAUUUCAGACCCUCCUGUACGUCUCAACCAUUUGCUCCGUCUCGGCAGUCUGACUUAUAAACCUCCUUGACAGGUUUCUGAUAAACUCUCUCAAACUUCACCUUAUACUUGUCUCUUGGUGUGAAUCCGCUGCUCCUGGUCUGCAGGUUGAUUUUGGGUGGUGGCCAGUUGCUCUGUGAGUGCUUGCUGAGUGGAUAAAAAGACCCUUGAACCUCUGCUGGAACUUAUCGAACCGCUCAUUAUAUCGAGAGCUUGCUGGAUGAGCGUGAGCUCAUCCUCCUCUGAAGCAGGUGAUGACACAGCUGAAGGAGGUGUGCUAGUUUGGUUGUGGCUAACAGCAGCAUUGGCCUUUACGCAUCAUGCCGUUUGACAAGACAUGGUCAUGUUACAAUUUUUAGUGAUUUUAGAGGAAAAAGGGAGACUAAGAUCUUGCAUCAAAAUCAGAGUCUUUGGUUUGGGCGUAGAUGGUGUCUUAACCAAUCAGUCGUGGGUAUAUUCUCAUGGCGUGGUGGACAGAUAGUCUCAAUACGGCGUAGAUCUGGGACCCGGUGUUCGAAGUAAAUCCUGCUUUGUCUCCAGAUGAUUAACAUUCUGUUCACUCCGUCUUCUCAUCCAGGGAAGGUCCAAAAAGAUGGGAGAAAAGAAUCAUGUAAACCCAUCCUCAAAGUGGAGUACAAGACCUGCAGGAACAGGUACUGAGUGAAUCCUCCAGAGGGUUUUCUUUGUCUCAGUUCUACUUCAUUAUCAUUUUUAUGCAAACACAAGUAAUUGGUUUCUUCAUCUUUUUUUUUCCUAACAUCUUUAUUUAUUUUAUGGUUUCUCAGUUUUAACCCCUUACUCUGUUAUUGAUUCUCAAUUUCUGUUCACCUCCACAACAGCGAGCCCUUUGUUAUCUUCUCUGGGGGUCUAUCAUAUGACAAGGCAGGACGACGGCCGACACUGACCAUCAUGCAUGGCAAGGCCAUCACUGUGCUUGAGAUGGACUAUCCUAUCACAGAGUUUAUGGCCCUCUGUGAGACUCCGUACAACAAUGGUGAGUGCGGACGAAGAUGAUUGGACAUCAGUUACCUGCUGACUCAAAGAAAAUCUUGUUUUUGUUGCAACAUUUUAUAAAAAGGAGUCAAUAAAUGAAGAUUUAAUAUACUCCUGAAAUUAGCAGACACUAAGUAAUUGGUUUCUUCAUCGUUUUUGUUCCUCACAUCUGAUUAUUUAUUUUGUGGUUUCUCAGUCAUAAGUGUAACCCCUUACUCUGUUAUUGAUUCUCAAGUUCUUUCACCCCCCUAAAAGUCGUAUAUCUUAUAACCUGUAGCAUUAAGAUUAUAUCUCCCAGUGUUCAGCUUCAGUCCUUUCACUUGCAGAGGUCCAGGAACCUUACGCAGUUGUGGUGCUCUUGGAAAAAGACUUAAUCGUGGUGGAUCUCACACAAAGCAGGUAAGUUUUUUACAUACUGACAUUUUUUAUAUGUGACAUUAUCAGAGGAACACAGCCCUCGUCAUUCUGUCCUGUCAUUACCUGGUGUCAGGUGUCUAAUCAGCAGAUAGUAGAGAACCAUGCUGCCACAGCUAUGAAUGGAGGUCUGACUGUAUAAUUGGGUCGACGAAGUGAAAACAAGUUCUAUUUAAGAGGAAGUCUGAUUAAUUAUUUUACUGCGGGGAAACCGAGAAGAGAGAAAAGACAGAAAAGGUUAAAGACACAAACUGUCCCAAACGAGCUCUGAUGUUAGAAGUAAACACUCGAGGAACCCUGUUCACUGUUGUCGUUUGUUGAUGCCCUUACUCACUCAGUCCUCAGAUUCGGUUCUCCAUGUCACACGUCUGUCUGUCUGCCUGUCUGUCUGUCUGUCUGUCUGUCUGUCUGUCUGUCUGUCUGUCUGUCUGUAUGAAUGAAUGAAUGAAUGAAUGAGCUGAUUGCCAUCUGUAUCAGCUGGAGAAGCUUCAAUAAAUAUCCCAUAAGGCUAAUUAAAGUCCUGAGACAAUCUUUGGAGAAGAUGACACAAUUUUGAUUUACAAACCUUAUCAGGACCCCGGUCAGGGGGAGACUGUCCCCUACUGGCCCGAUCAGGAUUCCAGUUUUCUAGAAUAUCCUGCGUGUUACAUUAGAUCUUACAGCCUGUAACCUCAGUACUGAAUUCAUUUAAAGUUCAUGAUGAUCAUCCCUUAUUUUUUGUGUUUUUUUUUCAGCUUUCCUGUCUUUGAAAACCCUUACCCCAUGGACAUUCAUGAGUCCCCAGUGACCAGCACAGCGUACUUUGCAGAUUGUCCCCCGGACAUUAUCCCCGUCCUCUACUCUAUAGGAGCCAAACACAAGAAGACCGGCUACAGCCAAAAGGUAGGGAGGGGAUUUAAUGAAAAAGGAGAGUGAAACUUUGCACUUCCCUCUUCGUAAAGAGAAAGAAAAUGUUUAAAACUACGGGCACUGUUUUAACAUUUUAGAGUUAAUUAGGAAGUUUCUGACCGUAUUUAAAAAACUUACAAUAAAUCUUUUACACAGAUUAAUUUUAGCCUGUUAAAAACCAAAGAAUGAAACAAAGUGUCUCAUAUAAUCAAUUCUCUGUCUGUAACCUUACCAGGAGUGGCCCAUCACCGGAGGAACAUGGACUUUAGGGUCCCACGCUUACCCAGAGAUCAUUAUCACAGGGUAAGUCUCAAAGAUUAGAUCAUUGUUUUAAAGGAAUAUUACACCUAAAAGAUACAGAAAGAACUUUUGGAGUUUAACUCUCAAUCUGUUUGGAAAUAAAGGUGUACUCUGUUUUCCCUACUUGACAAAGACUUGUUUCUCUUUCUUCAGACAUGCCGACGGUACAAUUAAGUUUUGGGAUGCAUCUGCAAGUACGCCAGUUUAACCUCUGUUCUUUCUCUUUCUAUUCAAUUCAACUUAUAGCACACUCAUUUUGUAUUUCAGUAUGUUUAAAAAACUCACCUGUUUUCUGACCAGUCACACUACAGAUGCUGUACAAGCUAAAAACCUCCAAAGUCUUUGAAAAGUCAAAGCCAGCUGAGGGCCGAGCGGCAGAGUUGGUAGAGGAAGAUCCGUUCGCUGUUCAGAUGGUCAGCUGGUGUCCUCAGAGUCGCAUGUUCUGUGUGGUCGGCAUCUCUGCCUACAUUAUCCUGUACCGUUUCAGCAAAUAUGAGGCCAACACUCAGAUAGUGGUGAGUGAUGACAAACCAGUAUGAAUUGCCAGUUUGGUGAAUGAGGUUCGGAGUAAAUCUGAUGCACUUAAACAAACGUGUUAUUCUACUGAGGAAGAUAUCAAUCCUCUCCAAAACAGUGUCUGCUUCUGAUUUUUAACAGACUUUACAGAUCCUUCUUUAGAGAACCAAUGUUUGGUUCUUGUGACGCCUUGACUGUGAAAAAAAAAGAUUGAUUUAUAUUUAAUUAUCUGUCAUUUUCAGUCACUGGAGGUCCGCCUACAGUGUGAAUCUGAGGAUGUCAUCUCUCCAUCAGAAAAUGAAAACGAUCCCUGCUUCUCAGAGCCUGGCUCUGCCCACUCACCCCAACACCCCCACCGACAACCCAGCAGCCCUGGCUGUGGGACACCUGAGGGAGUCAAACCCAGCAUACCCUGCCUUAAGUAAGAUUACUUAAUCCUGGUCUUAUUAGAGCAAACCCUGGUUUUAACAGAUGAUUCUGUCUUGAGUGCAACAACAACACAUGCAUCAGUCUUGAGUGCAGCGGAUGGUAUAGUUAACAUUGGACAUAAAUGAAUAAGAUAACUUAUAAAUAUGUUGUUAUUAUUUAAGUACUGUUUCCAACUUUUACAAAGUGUUGUCUGUUUCAGGGUGAAGGACAAGAUGGUUCGGGUCCCUCCUGGCUACCAGGCAGAGCUGGUCAUCCAGCUGCAGUGGAUCGAUGGAGAGCCUCCACAGCAGAUCACCAGUCUGGACAUCAACUCUGCCUACGGCCUGUAAGACUCCUGCUGCAUGACAGUCUGCCUGAUAUCCUGUCUUCUAACCACUCAGUGACGACUCAUGUGUCUGUUAAGAACAGGUGUAUGGAAAAUGUUUUUGUUUAUUCAUCCCUGACAAUCGGUAACACACCUCUUACUGGUCUACAGGCAGUAAAGCAAUUUCUGUCAUGAUUAGGAGCACAUGCUGGAGUGGCGUGCUAAAACCUGCAGUGAAGAUGGCUAACCACCUCACAGCAGGCUUCAGGCGACUCUUAUUAAAGGUGUUGUAGUCAGGAUCUGAGGUAGUUCCAGUUUUUAGGAGAAAUCUUGAAUGUAAACUCUACCCCUCCAUACCAGUUUCCCCCUCAGCUCAAGGAUGUAGAACGUGCCUCACAACACGAGGAAGCAGCGUCUGCCUCACAACCAAUCAGGUCGGGGAGGCGGAGAAUGGCUUUGUUUACAGUCAGAAAGAGCGGACCGCUCAAAAAUGUUCAAAUGUUGACGACACAGACAUAAGAGAACACAGAGAUAUCGUUAUAUUACCAAAUGUCAUCAAUAACUAAUAACUAUUGACUGAUAUUAAAAGUGUUUUUGUAAAAACACCACAAACAAAGAUGCUUCUUAAAUGGAUUCCUGCCGACCCCACCUUUAAAUGUUCUGACAUGAGUCUAACUCCAGGUGAAAGUUUCUCAUAAACUGCUUUACUGACCUGUAGGAGUGAGGCUGGAUGGUGGUUUUAGAUCGCACUUACACUGUUCCCUUUUAAUGCUGGUGCUUUCAUGGUAAAUUAAGACCACGUCUGAGUGACAUUUUUCUACUUGUACAACUUUUUUCAUAUAUUUUUCCGGUUGUUAAAUUUGUAGACCUUUAAAACAGUCAGUUAUUGUUAUUAUUGCCACAAACAACUUAUCCAGUAAAGAGGAGGAUAAAAAACCUGCAGCAGCUUCCUUCACUGAAAUCAGAAGUUAUAGACUGACACUAUCUCUGCCCAGUAUUAACAUUCAGAGCAGCAACAGCAGCGAUGGCAGAGAGACAUGAGUCUGGCGUUUAGGUGACAGUUUUUACUCCAAAAUAUCAAAACUAAUUAGACUGUGUGACAGUGCAACAACCUUAAUGUCAUUGAGAUUAACCUGCUGAUAUGAAUCUGCUUAAAUGUCUCAGCUGAAAACCCCUUUUCUCCUGCAAAUGUGUGUCUGUGUGUGUGGGUGUGUGUCUGUGUGCAUGUGCACGUGCCUCUUGCUGCUUGUCUAGUUUGGCGUUUGGGAACUGUAAUGGCCUGGCAGUGGUGGACUACUUGCAGAAAACUGUCCUGUUGUGUUUGUCAACACUGGAUUUGUACGGAGCCACCGACCCCUACCAGCGCCUCACCCGCUCCCCACGCAGGCACAGACAGUCCACCUCAGGUAGCGUGCACACACAUACGCACCAACUUAUGCACACACCUCUCGGAUCAUGCCCAGCUAACACAUGAACAAACCCUGCUACGGCCCAGAAAAACAAUCAUCUGUCUGUAAUGAUCUGACUCUCUUCUACGCUCCUGAUCUGAUCCUCCCAGUCGACUGUUUCACUUAUCAUCCUCCACCUUUUUUGGGUGGUAUUGUACUCCAGUUUGGUAUUAUGGUCAUUUUCCAUCCGGUGCAUUCAUACGCCCAGGCCACAUGUGUAGAAAAAGCAAAUGAGUAUCUAGACUUGAGGUGCGGUUAGGUGCCAAGGUAAGUGUCUGAGUGCAUUUGAGACCAACAAAAACCCGGACUGAAGCCUUGAGAGCUUGGGACAGACUGUCUGCUUAGUGCACACUCUAAAGAAAGUAAGAUGGUCCCAAGAGUUCAGAUAUUGUUCUGCUUUUACACACAGCAGGUGUGUAUUUAGACAGCAGUACCCCCCCCCCCUCCUCACCUACAUACACCCUGUUAGAGUUUGGGGCUGGGCUUUAGUGUCACACACACAUGUGCCGUACCUUCAAAAACCUUAGACUGAGAAGUUUGUUCAAAACAAAAAACGUGUGUGUGUGUGUGUGUGUGUGUGUGUGUGUGUGUGUGUGUGUGUGUGUGUGUGUACACUGAAGCUGUUUGUAGAAAGUUGAGUCCAAAUGAAACGGUUGGUGAUUGUUGGAGCAGCGACCAUGUUCUCUUUUCUCCCUGAACUAAUUACAUGAAUGAACAUCCACCCACACUGUAUGACUGUUGCACACCUGCACCAUGGUAUGAAGUGCAUGUUAACAGUGUGCCGUGUCUCUGUUUGCUUUUUUAUGUAUGUUGCCAUUUACAGUCUCUGUUCUGUCUGUUUCUGGUCCUGCUCGAACUUCUUCUGUCUGAGCGUCACAUGACCUCCACUAACAAACUCUUAGAGAACGAGACACACCCUCCUCACUUCACCCUAAACUUGGUGAAAUAUUUCAAUGUCUCGUGUCAUAUGAAGAAAUUUGAAGUAUUAAGGUCUUUGGUGAUAUAACUCCACAGGUGGAGCUGAAUUUAGGAUCAGAUCACCCGAGUGAUGAUUUCAAAGUUUUAAGAAUGAUGUUUUUUCACUGGCUGUUGCCUUUACUCGACCUUUGUCAAGUUAUUUAUAUAGUUAUAAAAUUAACAUUCUAUUAUUAUGUAAUUUUUAAGAGGAUUUAACAAAAACUGGGAAACUCUGGUUUAUUAUUGUACCUCUGGUGUUUGUGUUUGAUACUGAACUAAGACAUCAUUUGAAGCGUACACACGUCACACGCUAAAACUAAGUCUAAACUAAGUCUAAGUCUUUAACCAAGUCUAAAGUUCAGGCAGCUGUCCAUUUCCCUCUGUGUCAAAUGUUAUUUUAUUAAAGUUAUAGCUCUUCGUUCUUCCUUCAGCAGUUUUAGCUGUCUUCACCACAUGUAGAUUAUGAUGGAAAUAUUAUAUUUAUGUCAUUCAGUUACCGAAGAGCUGGUGAACUGUGAUUAUUUGUACCAGCCUGAAAAUGAAGCAGUUUGCAGUGACAGUGAAAUCCAAAACAACACUUUCAUACAGUAAUAUAAUUCCCACUAAUAAAGUCAGUGACCUCUCUAAUGUCAGGUGACAGCAGCGGUUUUAAAGAUGCUGCUGCUCUCACGUUCCUCUUCACUCAAAGCCUGUGUUCUUCUCUCUCCCCCCGUUUCUCUUCAUUUCUCCCUUUUCCUCCCCUUCCCUCCCCUCCCUCCAUCACCUGCCCAUGCUCUAAAUCUGAAUAUGUACUUCUUUUUUCCCUCCUCCUCCUCCUCCCUCCUUUCUUGUGACUGUGGCUGCUGAUGUGGGCAUGUGGGCCUGCCUGACAGAGUUUUGCAUGCGCGGCCUGUCUAACUUUUAUUCAGAUUCAAAGAAAAGGAUCCCUACAUCCUAUCAGAGUAAGUUGGGUCCUUCUAAAGGGGUGAGUGGGUGGGUGGGUGGUGGGGGUGUUUUGGUGAAAUAACAGAGUUGAAAGAGAUGGUUGCCAAAGAGACUGGGAAUGGAUGAUGUGGACAGAAAGCAAAGAGACACACUGCAGAGAUGAUAAGAAUAAAUUUGGAUAUUUCGUGUCACAGAACAGUCACCUUCCCCUCGUUUCCCACAGCAUGUCCUUUGCAAGCAGAGAGCCACUCCUUUGAGCCUGUUGGUAAGGGCAGUCAUACAUAAUGAAUGAUCCAUGUAAUGUAUAUUUUAACAGAAGCAAAGUCAGUGGGUUGAAUAAAACCUUAAUCAUCCGCUGAGCAAAGCACAACAAAUCAUAUGCACUAAAUCCAAGGCUACAGUCUCAUUUUUCAUUUUACAUGAACAUGUAUGAGAUGUUUUCAAUAACUCAAAAAGUCAGUACAUUUAUACUUAAACUAAAGCAGGUACGUUAGUGUAUAUUUGAAGGAGGGAGAAGGUCAGGUUCUUCUGUUCAGCCUGUGCUUGGUGCAUGAUCGUUUGCUUGAGUUCAUUGAUCAAAUAUCUGUGUUUAUUCUGACUGUAUCUCACCCCACAUCGUAGAUUUGCACCACUCAAUAAUUACUAUAAUUUGUCUGAAAUUAUUAUUGUUCUACAUUUGAUGUCUCAUAAAAGAUUGUAGUGCAGGAAUCAGGAAUCAUCCGCUCUGAUCCUGAGAAGAUUCAGAGCAACAUAACUGGGAACCUAGAAGACAAGUUAGGAAUGACGUAGAUAAUCUCUGUCGGGGUUCAUCACGGUUCAUGUCAGCUGAUUUUUCUCAUAAUCUGGUAAAGAAAAAAGUCAUGACAAAGUUUUUGAAUCCUGUUUUUUCUUUCUUCCUCUUGGCUGCAUUAUGCUGCAACAGGCCUUACUGAACUUCCCGACAACCAGCAGUCCUUCGACAUGGAGAGAAGCAAGUCACCCACGUCAGGUAACCUGCUGUCACACACAAAUGAACACACUGAGCAAAUGAUCUCCUCUACAUGUAAAUCUGUGUGGAAGUCUGCACUGUGAAGCCUUGCUGUCGUAUGCUGUUGUAUUUUAAUGCAAGCUUCUGUAUGCAGCCUCAUGGACACCUCACCCAUUAGCAGUGUAUCCUCAUCUGAUGACAAAGUCAGUAGUUGAAUAAGAAAUGUCCAGUGAAAGGAUGUGGACAAACUACUUCUGUCCUGCUGCUCAGUCCACGGUUCUGUGAAUGUUGUAAGUCAGAGGAAAGUCCAUAUAUUCGACAUUUUCAUACUUCCUUUAUAUUUACAGAGAGUAUAUUUCUAUGGAGCCAGAUCAGGCUCAAAAGUAUUGAAAAGUAGUGUAAGUGAAAAAAUAAAAAGUGAAGUGAAAAAAUAAGAUUUGAACCUGAAAAAAAUAAAAUGGUACCUGAAAGUCUUGAAUUUCGAAAUUGAACUUUGAAAAAUCCCAGAAUGCAUGAAAAAAAUCUGUUCAAAUGUAACUUUGAUUCUGUUUUUUAAUACUUUUGAAUAAAUUUCAUGCAUGUAUUCAUGCCACUUCCUGAACGCAGGGUGAUGGGGUUGGGAAGGAGGGGGAGGCCUGUCACUCAUGGCAGACCGCGCCCCUCUCACGGAAAAACAGGGUCAAAAGUGAACCUGAAACUUUUCAAGUUGAAUCUGAAAAAAAAAAAUCUGAAACCGAAAAAAAAAGUUUUGAAUCCGUAAAAAUAAGAUCUGAAUCUGAAAUAAAUAAAUAAAAUUCAAUUGAAAAAAAAAAAGUACUCAAAGAUCGAAAUAUACAUUGAAGUGAAAAAUAGAAAUAAGUAAUUUAUUCAAAAGUAUUAAAAAACAGAAUCAAAGUUACAUUUGAACAGAUUUUUUUCAUGCAUUCUGGGAUUUUUCAAAGUUCAAUUUCGAAAUUCAAGACUUUCAGGUACCAUUUUAUUUUUUUCAGGUUCAAAUCUUAUUGAUUUGUGAUUUAUCUCUGAAGAGCUGAGAUGGUGAAACUAGAACUGAUGCUCGGACGGUCAGAAUCUGCAGUUUUAAAGGAGAACAGAGAUGGAUGGAGACCGUUACAGAUCUGAGGAUAGCAGAAAAAGUCGAGGUAAUGAGUGAAACGGCACAAAAGGUAAUGAGACUUUUAAAACACACUGGGAUCUGUGGUUGUUUGAGAUUUCAGCAAAUUCAGAGCUCAAAGGUCAGGUUUGGUGGAUGUUUCAGCGUGUAGUUUUCCGCUCGAGGCACUGGGAAGAGGAUUCGUUGUUUUGUCAAGGCUCUGUGUGUGUUAUCAAACAGUUAGAUUUACAAAUGGUAUGUCACACACCAAACAGAUGCUUUUAUAUAACAUUAAAAAAAUAACAGGUAGUUGUUCUCGACGUGUUCCUGUCCUUGAAAACAGAUUCAGUUGCUCAGAAUUGACUGUUUCCUUCGAACAAUGAGGGGAAAAAGUUUCUCUUUGUUAUCAGGAUACUUGACCUGAGAGAGUUUUUAAUGCGGUGAUUCUCCUCUGAUACAAACAGCGAUUGAACGCCCACUGACAGACGAUGCUCUUGUUCAGGAUUCCACCUUGGGGUGAACAUGUACCGUGUUUUUUGUCCACCUUAUAUUUGAGCCUCUUUGAGAGCAUCAAACAGGACGAGAACAGGAUUUUCUUGCUGUCUUAUCAGAGACGUCUUUGACUCUUGGUCUGUGAAUCAGGUCAUGGUCAUCAUGUUCCAUUACAAGCCUGCCAGGAGGUGUGAGCUGGAUGAAAACAUGCCCACAGCAUGACAGUGUACUCCAGUGUGAGCUGUAAUGAAACAGAGUGACUGCCCGCUAUCACAAUAAAAAGUGUAAAGGUCCUUACACACCGGCGAAUUUGCGGAGCGAAGCGAAAUAGCGAGACGAAAAUUGCGAAUAUUCGCCGGUCCGAAAAAUCGCUUUCGCCUAUACACACCGGCCGCGAAGCGAAUAUGCGUAUAUUUUUUGCAAAGCGAAUUAAUAAAGUCGCUUUGCGGCACGGACAUGACACAUGACAUCUGUCUCCUAAGGAAGACAUGAGAGUAUCAUCUUGUGAGAAAACUACUUCAUUUGUAAUUAGAAAGAGUUUUGGAUGCACCUCAACUGUCUUUCUCUGCGUUUUCAUAAUCUCAAACUUCUCCCUCUCCUCCAGCCGUAUGGGUCUGUGACGUCAUCAACAACAUGACUUUUGAUUGGCCAGAGGUCUAGCAGGUCCAGAUAUUCGCCCGCGAAUAUCCGAAAAAUUCGACACAGGAGCGAAAAAAUAAAAGCGGCUUUUCGCCCCGCGGAGAAAUCGCCGCCGGUGUGGAAGCUUGCAUUGACUUUAUGCUGUUUUAAAAAAAGGCGAAUAAUUCGCUUGGCGAAUUCUCGCCCGGUGUGAAAGGACCUUUACUCUUAAAAACUGAAUCUGAACGGUACGUUUUGCAUUUAUGUCUGUGGCUGGAAACCAAGAAUAGACGGAUGAGCUGUCUCUGUUGUAUUUCUCUGUUUUUAUCACUCUAUAGCCGUUAGAGAGUGUUCAGCUGUCCUGUCAAAGCGGCUCUUUUGUUUGCUUGAAGGCCAAAUACAGACUGAAGACAGCUUGGCAGGCAGCCGCCAUCCUGAUUAACCCUGAGCGCCAAUAACCCAGGUGUCUCUCGCACCUCUCCUCUCUUGUCUUCAUUUUUCUCACUAACAGCUAAACCUCGACAUUCCUCCCUUUGUCUUCUUUGUUUUAUGAAUAGAAGUUUGUUGUUUUGUUUUCAGAUUGUGUGUUUAGUUUUCACCAAGACUACUUUAACAGAAGCAGAGAAGAGACGGGCUAACAAGGUGCAGGUAGUCUGUGUCUGACCUAUCAUGUUAUCUUUAGCAAAAACCAUGACAGGGGAGAGGAGGAGGAGGAGAAGGAGGAGGAGGAGGAGGAGAGGACUGAAACUGCAAAACUUUAAAAAUAAUGGGCUGAAUUAAACUCGCUGAUAGAUUAUAGAUUCAAACUUUCAUUAGAAAUUGGCUUUGAAUAAAAAAAACACUGAUAACUUUGGUGUUGGUGGAAGAUCAGGCGAUCAGCUCUGUGAGUAUAACUGCUGUUUCUGAAGUGGUAGAUGAAUAUGAAGUGGCGUGUCCUUGACCUUCUUCUUCAACAGAUUAUUUUAAUAACCUCUUCAUUGUUUUCCUCCUGAUCUGUCAGUAUAUCUUUCCCCAGCUCACCCACUGUGUGUUUUGCCUCUCUCACCUGUUGCCCUGAAGAGUCUGUGUUUGUUCUGUUGGAUCUCCUAUUCCAGUUCAUUACCCAACCUCCCUUCACAAUGACCCACGUGUCCUGCCUGAGCCUGUGGCCAGUCUGAGAGCCAGCCACUGCAGUCCAGUCUUUUACUUACUGGACAAUGGUAAGAGGGCUCGCAAACUUCAGCCUUGUGGUGAACAUCUGCUUGUGCUGUUUGACUGUAUUGCAGCGAUGUAAGAAAACAUCCGAACAGAGAAUUGGUUUCAUGUUGCACCUGCAUGAUAUCUCGGCUUCUGCACUUUGGGCAACACUAACGAUAAAACAACAAGCAGACAAAAAUACCUUUUUAGAGCUUCAUGAAAACGAGGUCUGUGACGAAUGACUCAGAUACAGCGUCCCUGUGGGAGACGUUGGCUAUAGAUGGCUGGUUUUGAUUGUAGUGAAAACACUCGGCUUCCUUGUUCCCCCAAGUUUGGUGAAGAGAACAUAACUCUACCAUGUACAUAGGAAGUUCACACUGCAGAAACCCAUAACUAAGAAAGUGUUUAAGUCUUAUUCCUAAUCAAAUAUAGUAUCUCAUUAAACUGAAUAUAAUCCAUGUUCAUCAGACAAGUGCAGACAGAUGAUCUUGACAUACAAAUAAAGAAUAAGUGAAAAUCUUCCAAAGUUAAAGAAAACUGACCGAGUUUCCUGAAUCAGAGAUGAUUCAUUAAUAACGUCCAUACCUGUACUGUCCUGAAGGGGGAUGUUCUUCUUGACUUGUCAGAUGUAUUUGGUUCAUAUACAGUUCAGUGAAAUGAUUUUUUACAAGAAAUAAGUUUAAACUUUUUUUGGCUUCACAUUUUUACCAAAAGCUGCACAGAUGCAAACAAAACAGACAUUUAUUGACCCCGUGUCAAAACUGUUCAUGUUUGCAUCUGUGAACUUGAUCUAUUAUGGGAAAUACCGAGUAUAGAUAGAGGUGUGGUUUGCUGAGUAAAACCCUGAUAUGGUUUUUAUAUGGAGGGACUUUUGAUUCUUGGGGACAUGUCUUCUCCCUCUUGUCCUGAGUGUUUUGGUAACACUGGAGGAGGAACCACACAGGACCUCAGAGUUUGUGUACUAAAGGACACGAGGUUUUAUUAAGUUUCAUGGGAAAAGAGGAGGAAACAUGUUAAAUUCCCUCUGACUUGAGGCCGUCUCAGUAGGUUAGGCUGUGAUCCUCCGACAGAAGGACUUAGAGAAGAGGGAGCAGGUAAGUAGCAGAUCACAGUCUCCUGCUCUCCUGCCCACUCCGCUGUCAUCUCUCUCCUUCUUACUAAAAACAGCCUCUAAUGACGGAUUACUCUCAGCUGGGCUUCUUCCAGGUUUGGGUGGGCUGGUAGUGCAGGUAGGACAAUGCUACCCAGCUCUGUCCUUCCUUCUGGGAGCUUCUUAAGGAGGUGAAGUGAGAGACACCGCAGUCCCACUCUGUCCCUCCCUCUGCUUAUGUAGUUGUUAAUGCACAUGGGUUAAUGUAAGACCUACAUAGGUAAGACAAACAGCCUGUUGAGUGAGGAAGGAUGAUUCACGUGUGUUUUUGUGCAUUCCUUCAAAUUUACUUUACCAAUGAGUACACACCUCGUCUCUUCUCCUAACAUGUCAUGGCACUUGUGCAGCCACGAUAUCUGACUAAAGAUAUCAACGUGUUGGUCUGAGACAUUAAAAUGGGAGGAAUAGAAGGAAUUAUGUGACAAUAAAAAAAUAACAUGUAUCUAAUGAUGAAUUAUGAAACAUAUUAUGAUCAAACAUAAUGUUUGAUUAGUAAAGUUUUAGGAGAGGCUCCAUGUCUUUGUUAUAUCUCUGCUCAGGCUGUGGGGUUGUUAGACAUUCAGUGCGUUUACAUGCAGUUUAAUCGGACUAAGCUCAUAUAUUUAUAUAUUUAUAUAUUUUUUUGCCGAAUCGGACUUCCCUCCUUGUCCUCGUUUACAUGCAGCUGAGAAAAUCACAUUAUUGACGUAAAUGUGUCCUCCUCCCCAAAACUAGGGGGCGAUAUGGGUCUUUUCAGCAGUGCUGGUUCCGGACCUUUUUAAAGAUGUCUCUGUUCCUCACUUUGCAAUCGUCCAUAUACUUUAAAAUGUCCGUUUCUGUGAGGACAGAAAGCGUAACGGCGCUCUCCUCGUCAUUCCAAAAGUGGACGUUCUUUCAUGUUUCAGCCAUGUUCCAGUUCUGAGUGGAAAGUUCUUUAAAUGAUGGCGCCUCUUCUUCUCUGGUGUUUUUGUUCCGCGGUUACGGAGUCUGUUUGCUGUCAGUUGUCUGGUCUUAAUCGGAGUAAGGCGAUAAUUUUCUGGAGUGUCAUGUAAACGUACUGAGUGUGUUUGUUUUACAGCAUGUGCCAAAGUGAGCUCUGAACUUCAUCCCUCCUCUGGAUGAUAAAGGGGUUACCGUCCUCUGGCUGGACAUCUCGUCUUAGCUUGUCUCUGCCUCUGUGACCUUUAGCUUUGGGCACCUUUAAAGGCAUCCUGCUACUUUACCAGACCUCAGCACCGAUGUCUUGCUGUGCCCGUUUUACUGUGUGUCAAUCAUCAAUCAUAGCGUGAUGGUUGACACACAUCAGUGUCUGACCUCUGACUAACUGCAUGGUGCACACUGUGUGGUUUGCUGCAGUGUCGAUAUUUAUGACUUGAGCUUGCUUUUGUACGUUGACCGGUGUCACGGACUGAAUUUGUCCAGCAUUAACUGCAUUGACCUCAACACAGUCAUGUGAUUGCACAAACUUGUCUCAACCUGAGCUGCAAGGCAAAAAUAAACAGCAGAGCUACGACUGUACGUGCAAAACUCACUUCAGGAGCAGGAGGACUGAUAGACAUUCAUUAUCCCCAGAGGAGAAACCUGGAUUAGUAAUACUCAUUUUAGAUAACCUGAUAAAUAAAAUCACUUUUCCAUGACUGACACAGACAUCUGUCAAACGUGUCGUAUUAAAUCAAAAAAAAUUGAAAGUAUUCUAAAAUGGAUAACUAAGAGAAUAAAAGACAUUAUCCUUGAUUUUGAUAAAAACAAACAUGUUUGUCAACUGAUGUUAACGUUAAGCUUUAAGUACUGCCCACAGAAAAGUCAUUUCAAGUGCUGCAUAUGAAGUCUGCCCCCCCCCGGGUUUCAGUAUUUCUGUAGCCGGCAGAUAAAUUCUUCGACUCACACCAAGAAGAGCCGAGCCACGGAUAAGAGGAGAUGACUAAUAACACAUGAGAUAACCGGUGUUACUGGUUAACAAAGUCUUACAGUUCUUUUGAGGGUCAAAGCAAGUCUCAGUUUACACACUCUCAGUGUUAAUUCCCACAGAUGAAGCCAACCUUCAUUUAACUGUGAGAAUAAUGUUAUAAAGAGCAGAUGAGGAACAUCUGUGAGGAAACCGUAUCUUUAUAAUCUCACCACACAUAAACUGAAGUUCAUCUACAAAACUCUUUCAGUUGUUAGUUCACCUUUAUUUUCAAAGGUUAUAUUGAUCGAUCAGACACAAAUGAAGUGGACAGUUAUAAUCCUAGUUUUGGACUUUUGGUCAUGAAUUAAAGAUGAUGUUAAAGUCAUGUGACUUUCUCAUUUCAACAGUACCACACAAAGAAACAAUGAGACAUGUCAUAUUACAUCUCCAGCUUGACCUCGGCAGUUUUGUUCUUGAUGCAAAAUGCUUGCAAAAUGUUGUUUUUGGCCUUUUGUUUUUUAUCCCUUUUAUUGUACUUCAUGUCUACUUGUGUAUUUACACCCUGUGGUGUCUCCCUGUUUAUCUGUGCUUCCACCUAAAUCAUCCCGGUUCUAGGAUUUUUGAUUUCAUCGGGACAUUUUUAAGGACAAAGACGUUUUUCUCAGCUUAUAUUUCUGAAAUGUGUUCAGUGUUGGACUCAAGUAUGAAAUCAAAAGUAUCUCAUACUUGACGUUCUUGUCUUGUAGCCCAACAUGACAAUCAUUUUCAAGUGUAAGAUAUUCUAGCAGAGCUUUUAAUACCAGCUGGACAAGUUUUCACACUGGUGCCGUUUUGACAUUAUUGGAUCUCAUUUAGUAAACAAAGAAGCAUGCGUUUAGAAGUAUGCCUGUUAUGUGCAGUUGUACCAACUUGCAUGUUCUGGUUCUUUAUUUUGGUGAUUUUCAUCUGGGCUUUUAUGUAUUAAUAGUUUAUUUAGUUGCACCUUGGUUUGUUAUUGUUUGACUCUUUUUUUCUUUCUAAAAUUCAUUAUUUAUGAUUUCUGAAGGGAUUAACCGGUGAUUUGUUUCCUUUUCUUUUGUUUCAGUAAAGGGACCUGGCAGAAAGUUAAGUCUGCCAACAGAUCUUAAGACUGAUCUUGGUACGGUAGGCGAAAGCCAGCAGUUCUCUCUUGAUUUCCUCUGACUCAUUUAGUUUGCGCUUUAAUAUGUUUAUUGGGCUUUAUGUUAUUUCAGUUGUUUUAAUUCUACUCAGACUUUCUUUUUCAGUUGACUUUUCACUCUCUCUUUUCUUGUUCUAGCCCAUGAGGCUGUCCGCCUAUUUUGUCUGUUUUCCCCCAUAUUGUAUUUCUCUUUAAUCCUGUUUUCAUUUCUUCUACAUUUUGCAAGUGUUUAACAGUGAUUUCAAACUCAUGCCCAUAUUUAAAUUUGAGCCUCCUCUUGCUUUAUCAUAAUUAGACCAUGCUCUGAUCUAACUGAAGCUUUCCUUCAUCAGAAACCUUUCUCUGGUUAGUGGAACUCGUUCCUCUCCAGAUGUUUUCCAGAUCAUUCUGUCUCCAACUGUCUGCCUCCAUUUUCUCACUUUAACUGGACCUACAUUACAUAAUAAAGCCUUUCCCCAUUCUCCUCACAAUACCUGCGCACACUUUCCAAACUGGGGUUUUUCUCAGCUCUGCUUCCAUCGUCACGCAUACUUUCUCUUCCAAGACUUCUCGUAUAUAACAUCGUGUUUCCCUCACUGCCUGUUUUUGUGACUGUAUUUUCUCGGAUUAUAAUAUGAAGAACACCUUUGUUCUCUAAGACCUUCAUUAGAUGAACAACAGAAUUUAGGGCACUAAAACGUCACAUUUAAGAGAAGACCACAAAUCAAACCAAUGUCACAGAGCCUGAAGUGUCAGCAGGGGGCGUGUUGUCGUGAUAAAGGAGGUGUGUUUGUUAGCGGCCAAAACCUUCACCUUUUACAGCUGAUGGCAGCGACAACAAAACAUUUGACAAAAAAGUGUAUUUCUCUGACGAGUGUGUGUGUGUGUGUGUGUGUGUGUGUGUGUGUGUGUGUGUGUGAUUGCUUUAAUGUACUUUUAGGGACUGUCCCUAGAGAUAAAACCCUUUAUUUUCCGUGGUACAGUCAUCUUGUUUGGACAUAUCGCAGAGUUCUUAGGUAGAUCCACUCCGGAGUCCGAGUUGUUUUAAUUCAACCAGGUUUCAGUAAAUCACAGGAGACUGCUCUCACAGUACGCUUUCUCAGCCACUUUUGUUAAGCAGAGAGUUGACGUUUCCUGUGAUGAUUGAUGAAAGAAAGGGUUAAUAUCGCCACCCUCUAGCAUUCAGCUUCGCUGACCACGAUAACACCUCCUGAUGUCCUCUGGAGUUGUAUGUUGUUGUCCAGAUUUUCUUUUCCUCAAUGAAAGAAGCUCUUCUCUUGAGUAGAGUUUUGUAGAGUAUUUAAUAGAACCUACAAGGAUUUGAAAAUCAUAGUUUUCUAUUUUUAAUCAUGUUUUAAACAACAUCCCAACUUCAUUGGAAUUUGGGUUUGUACAGAGAUCUGUGCAAAGUCAGGUAUGCCUAUCAGUUUUGGUGCCAAUGUCCUGGUAUACAGGUGACAUUCACUCAGGAGAAAAACACUGACACCCAUGUUGAUUUCACAGGAAGUUAAGGUAAAGAUGAAACUUUGGAAAACUCGUCCCUCGUGGAUGGCUUCAUUUCUGAAAGUAACUGGUGCCUCCUGUUGCAUUGGUCUGGUGCCCGACUAUCUCUUGUGGCGAACCCUCACAGUCCUAUUUGUUUUGGCACAGACCGAAUGUAACUGCACUCAUUAUGUGUCUCUGCAUUUCCCUUCUUUUCAGCAUCUCUUUCCCAGCCUCCCAGUCUGUACCUUCCAUCACUCUCCAGCCCUCCAUCACUCACACUGUCCCUUUUCCCUCGUCAUCAUCUCCUUUGUUGACAGUCUGACUUUGAACAUCAGCUUGCUCCAAUUACACUGCAUCUAUAUCCAUCUUAAUAGGUCAUGCAGUAAGUCUAAGCUAGUAUUCUAGUGAAGAAACUACAUUGGAAUUGAGUCUUUUAAAGGAAUGGCAAAACCUCAAGUAAUGCAGGAAAAUUCACUGUGACCUUGAGUUAUCUAAGAAGUAAUGACGGAUCUGUUCUUGCUUAGACUUCAACUACAUGACUUUGGAGGAUGGAUGUGAAUGUUUGACAGAUUUGUUCCCUCUGAAUUUGAAUUGUUGGUUAAUGCUUUACCAUUGUUACAGAUCAUAUCAAUGGACAUUACACUAACCCCAUCACCCAGCCCUGCUUGGCGGGAAAGCCUCGAGUACCAAUGGGUCCUGAGUGGCCACGGCUUACCCGCAGAGGCCCUGGCCGGCCACCCUUCCGCAAGGCCCAGUCCGCUGCUUGCAUGGAGAUCUCUUUGCCUGUGUCCCACACUGAAGGUGUGUGCUUGACCUCCCACCUCCCAUUCCUGGAUCUCUUAGAUAGUACGACACCUCUCCUUCAGUGCAUGCCAUCUUGACAUACUUUUGGGGUUAGUGAACUAAUUGAAGCUCGAGGCCUUGUCCACACUUAGAUGGUGUUUUUGAAAACAGAGGUUGUCCUCCUGCAAACAUGCCAGACCUUAAGUGAUGUGUAAUCAGUCUGUCAGAGAAUUAAAACUAUUCUCAUUAGCUCUUACAAUAAUAUGAUGAAGCCCUGUAAACAAAUACCUGAUCUCCACCAUGAAAGGUGUUUCUGAAAAUAAAUCUAUGACCAAAACUUUAAAAAGGCCACAACACUCAGACAAGCUUUGUUUCUUGAAGUACCGCUUACGUGUGGACAAGACCUUAAACUCGGUUAACAACAUGGACAGGUGCAUGCUGCCGUAAUUUGACAGGAAAUCGCCUGCUUGCAUGCUGCAGUUGUUCGGCCUGGGCAACUCAGAAACAAAGGUUUCCUGAAUCCCUUCACCAAAACAAACCCAGCAGGCGUAACCGAACACUGCAGCUUAGAUUUUCAUGAUGAAGCAGAAAAUAUAUUUGUCAUGAAGGUAAAAAUGUAAGCUUUGCAGAUAAAACUUUGCUGACUCCUGGCUGGGACCACUGUGAACAUGUGUCUGCCUGGGGGUGAAUAAGAAUAAGAAUAAGAAUAAGGAGAAUAAGAAGCACUUUUUUUAAUCUCCGAAGGGAAAUUUUGUUUUUGUCUUUAUCAAAACACUCUAUCAGAGGGACUCUCUGACAAUUAAAAGAUAUUUUUUAUUCAUUUAAGCUCUUUGAAAAGACACACUUUCUUUUGGGAGUGGAUUAUACCCUACAGGCUCCGUGCAUGUUCGUGUUUGCGUGCAUACAGUCAUUGGGAGCUUGUCUCCCUGAAUAAUUUUAAAGCAGUUUGAAGGUUUUGGAGGAAGAUGCAUCAGGCUGCAAAUGCUUAGUAUGAAGAUUUCUGUUUUUAAAAGAACAAAAAAGAAAAAAAAAUCAACUGUUUGGCCAUCUGCUGCCCGAUAAAAUGUAUUUUUAUGGGCGGUUUUACUUUGGUGAAAUUGUAUACCCACUGUGCUAGAGCACUCUGUCAUCUGGACAAGUGAGUGUGUCCUGCUGCUGUCGAUGAUUUUAUUAUGAUAGAGACAACAGUGGGGGCCUUUCUAUGAGGGGCCGUCAGGGACAUUAUUCAGGAUUACUAUUCACACACACAUAUGAAAUAUAACCUAUUCACACACCUAUUCAUAUAAACUCCCCACGCUUACAAGUAAAUGUUUUCAUAUACACCACUGAAACACAUUUCAUUAGUGUAUGUGGGAGGGUUUCAGUUGUGUAUGUGAAAACAUUUCACCUGUAAGUGUGUGAGGUUCUUACUAUAGUGUGUGUGUAGGUUUUGUUUCACAUGUGUGUGUGUGAAUGGUAACCCUGAAUAUUAUCCCUGACGGCCCCUCAUACCUCCCCAGGAGCUCAGGGGAUAAAAUGGGUGGACACAGCUUAAACAUCAUGUACGUGAGUGAAGACGUUGUGACAUUAUUUAGCAGCUCACUUCCUUGUGUUUAUAUCUCCUGUGGACCGGACUCAAGUUUGCAGGAACCAUUCUUGAGAACACCUCAUUAAAUGCUCCAAGUCCAGAACAUUGGUGUUCAUGUUGAUCAAAUGUGCCGUUGUCCUCGACACUGGCUCGGGUCCUCGAUGUACAAUCACCCUAAAAGGCAAAAGACAGUUCAGUUAGCCUGAGACUCUAAUUUGAAAUACAGUUUGUUAAAAAUGUGAAUCACUGUAGUUUCCUGGCUGAUCAAGUUACAGACACCACUUCCUCCACAUGAUGGACUUGGUUCUCUGUCAGCACUGUACCGCCUUCAAAAAGUGCUGAUGCAUCACAAACCUGUAAAACACAGAGCAGACAUAAAUGGAUCUUUGGUCCGUGUACUAACAUGGGCGGAUAAAAUAGCUUUUUUAACAUCAUAACAUGUUUGUGUGGAGUGCCAUCACUCAUGCUUUGUGAAGACACGGCAGGCGGCUGUCUUUAUGGAAGGUCAGCUCUGUAUCUGCCUCACCCCUGCAUGCACUCACACAACAGCAACACACGAUUGUAGAUGGUCUUUGUGGUUUAAAGAAAGACCUUGUUGUCUUUGUAUCUGUGGCAUGAAGUUAUAAAUGUCUUUAACAUUUUUAUACUUCAGGCAGAUUUAUAGCACCAAUGCAGUUUAUCAACACUAAAUAUUAAACAUGAAAUGUGCAGUGUUGCUGUUGUGUCACCAGUGACCUUUUACACUAACUCUGCCAUUAGAUUCAUGCUGCCAUCUCUAUUACCCCUGUUAUGCAGUGUCCUGCAGCGAGGGAGAGGCAGGUUUACGGUAGCAUAAGCUUAAUAUUUUAUUGAAGCCUCUGCCGGGGCUGCAGCUGCAUCAUCGACAAAAUUCUCCAUACAUUUAUAGAAGCUUCAUGAAACUAACAUACAGAGUCCUUGAGUUAUAUUCCAAUGAACAGAGGCGUGAGCUCUGAACCGUCAGUAAGGCUUUGAUACUUUCAUACGCCGGGCUGUAAGAAGAAAAGGAAGUGAAGUUGUUGCUGAAAGUCAGACUGUUUCAGAUAUUCAGAUUAAGUAUUUCUAUACAGAAAGACCUCUAUACAGAGGUGUGUGAGGUAUGCAAAAUCAAGGUGUGUGUUUCAUAUAAUAAUUCAUAUUUAAUGUCAGAGUUUCUUUAGAUCUGGACCCACCACCCUCUGACCAAAAUCUCAAUUUGGCUCAUAAAGUUAGUUUUAUGAAGUUCAUGGUCGUCUGCUAACUGUCUUCUUACCCUUAAAAACUGUAUGCAUUCCAAGAGCAUACUCAUGGCACUUUUGUUUAUCAUUUCUACUGGGUUACCACAGUGAAAAGCCAGCAGGAUCACUGGAAUAAUUAAAGGUCAACAAGCAGUGAGAGAGAUGGGGCAAACGUUAAUGAGGUCUGCAUGCCAGGAAAGGAGUCAGGGGAGGGAAAUGGCAGGGGAAGCCAGACUUUAUGCACAAUCAACAUUUUUCUACCUCCCAUCUUUGUUUUGCAGCACACCAGUAAAUGUUAAAGAGGUGAGGGAGGGGGCUGCAGAGACUCGGCACAGAAGAAUCUGUAGGACGGCGUGUGUUGUUUUAAUUUAGUUUACAAGUGUAGAGACAGGAGUUGUUUUUGCGAAAGAUCAUUUUCAUUUGCAAAAAAAAUUAAAAACUAACAAUAAGAUUUAACAGAGUUUCCUGUGUUACUAACUGACACCUAAAAGGAGCUGUGAUAGCACGGAUACUUUACAGUAACAUGAACCUGAAGCUCUCGUUCCCAGUUUGGCAGCAACUUACUGUUCAGAUAUUGAUCCAGAUCAUAUGUUUUAUUCCACAUUAAGUAUAUUAUUAAAUCCAAAGAAAGCAGUAUAAUCUGUGCAUAUACAGCAGCACUCCGCUCAGAUUGUGUUCCCCCCUUAUCUCCUACCUUACAGUUCUUGGCCUGCCCUUAGCUCUCUCUAAGGGCCCGACAGGGGUCCCUGUGUCCUGUCAGAGAACCACUGUGCCUGACUUUCAUUAGCCAGCACCCCACAGGCCCUCUUACACGGCACAAACACACCCGAGCAACUGCUGCUACCUCACAAAAGACUCCUCAGCCUCGACUCCUGUCGCACCUCAGAGCAGCAUUUAUCUCAGUAAUGGAACGGGUCCUCGUGUCACUCGAUGUUCAGGUUUCUUUGUGCACUUGCAACAAUCAAAAGCAAGAACCAUCAAAGUUUUCAUGUCACAUCACACAGAAACUGUCCAAACGGAGGUGUUUGUUGAGAUAUAUUGACAUGGUCAGCUGGGUAAGGUGAAAUCUGAUGCUUUUUCUUUCAGUUUUAUUCCUUUUUUCUGCCCCUUUUAUAUUUAAAAACUUCCUCUUCACACUCAGACAUAUAUUUCUCUCUUCCCUCUCUUUUUUCACCGGUUCUUCUGUUCAUCUGUACGUCUCGUCUGUGUUUGCUGGUCGGCUUCAUUCAUGUGUGUGUUUCUUUGGGCGAUGGUGGGGUGUGGUCUCUCAAAUGGGGUUCAUGUUGUGGGGUAUGAGUAGGCUAUGCAUCCAGGAGGGCAAUGCUUCAGCAGUUACAUGGAGUCACAAUGUACUCCCAUGACGAACAUCACACCACCACCCCCUACUGCUGGAGUGAGAGAGGUAAGGGCGCUUAGGCCACGGACCCAUCGACUGCUGUCUUUCUGAUAUUACACAUCCGUCCGUCUGUCAGUCAGUCAGUGCGUCAGUCUGUCCUAUAUUCCUGUUUCGUCUACAACGUGAUUAGAAGUUAUGAGAAAUGUCGACAGCAGGGCAAAACAUCAGGUAACGCUUUCUUUUACGGUACACUUCUUAACAGGUUAUUACCUAGUAACAACAUGAAAUUAUCAGGUAAUUACAUGAUAACUACUAAGUCAAUACUGUCGGUAACCUCCCAUCAUCACACAAAUCUGAAGCUGAAUUGCUCUGGUAUUUCCAGGAUUUUCUCCACUUCCUGGAACCACCACUUGCGCAGUAGCAUUGUACGCAUUCGACAGGUGAGUCGCUGUGAUGACGCUCGGCUCAAACAGCGUAUCGCUACACAAUCUUGGCACGCCCAUAGGCUGUAUCAAGUGUCAAUCAUAGAAAAUAAGAACCGCAAAUAGCUUUUGAAAAUGGAGCUGCACAGAAAAAAGAAACAAAGAAAAACUAGACAGUAUUGACUUAGUAGUUAUCAUGUAAUUACCAGAUAAUUCCCUGUUGUUACUAGGUAAUUACCUGUUAAUUACCUGGUAAUUACCUGGUAAUAAGUGUACCGUAAAAGAAAGGGUUACCAAACAUCAUCAUGACGAUGCGAUUUGCAGUCAGAGAACAUAUCACUGAAUUCCCCAUGACAGCAAUAAACAACAGAAACGAAAAUGUGUGCAGGUCUACAAAUGUCCUUAAAACUGUGUAAUUUCAGCCUGCAAUGACCCAAAUGGGCUGUUUACCUGUCCAGGUGUGCUGCACUCUGUAAGUUCAGGCCGGGGACGCAGUACUGCACAUUUCCUGACUCUAGGUAACUUAAGGAAGACACAGAAACACCUUCAUGAAAGGGGCUUUAAGGACUCACUGGGGAGCUUGAAUAGGUAACACUCAAGAAGUUUGAAAAGUUGCACCAGUGAGUGUGUGUUUGUGUGUGUUUCUGUGUGUUUGUGUGUGUUUGUGUGUGAGUCCAUCACUCUGAGUUCACUCACUGAAUAGACAAGAGUACUCUUAAUAAACAGGGACUAAACUACAGAGUGUUUCUGCUGGACUGUCUCUUUUGUGGAUCAUCUCAGUGUGUCACAUCCUUUCAGUCGUUUUCUCCAUGUAGUCGUUACAUAUAAAUGUUUUAAUCUGUAAAAUUACAGACUUGUCAUAUCUUACUUUUCUUCUGUGCUUUUUAUCACUCUCUCUUUCCUGAAUGCCCAUUUCUUUUUACUGUCUUUUUCAUUCAUCUUUCCUUCUUCUGUCACUUCUCUCCCUUUAUUUCCUCUUUAUGUUUCAUGUCAUCUCUCCUUUCUCCUUUUUUCUUCACCUGUAUCGGGCGUCCGUGUUUGGACAUUGCAGCUACAGAGAGCCGUGAAAACUCUUUCAGCCGUUCACGCAGUUCCAGCGUGUCCAGCAUUGACCGUGACACUAAAGAGGCCAUUACCACACUGCAGUUCGGAGAGUCCUACGGGCGCAAGAGUGAUGCUCUAACAAGCCCCUGUCUAUGGGUGGGCACCAGUCUCGGCAUCGUCCUGCUUAUUCCGAUGUCCAUUCCCACUGACCAGGAGGAGAGGAUGGAGGAACCUGUGACGUUUGGCCCGAGUGGUGAGUUUAAUGAGACUUUAUUUCAUCACAAUAACCCAGUCAGCCUCUGACAUGUUAUUGGUCUCUGAUGUUAACAGGAACUAUGACCAUAUCAGUGCCAGUCCAUCAAAAGAAAAUAAGAGAAUCCUCUUUAACCUCUUUGUAAAAGACUUUUUGAUAAAGACGUGUGACUUUUUGAAGAUACUGAAAUUAUUUUUUUAAGCAACAGCAGCUCAUUUGUGUGUAUAUUAUAGAUAGUUUUAUUUUUCCUUUUUCUAAAUUUUUUCUUAAUUAUUACAUUUAUUUAAGUUCUUAAUAUUAGGCUCUUUAUUUUUAUAACUGCAUUUUUGCACUCUUUGUCUGCGAUGCUGCUGUGACAAAAAAAAUUCUCCCAUGGGGGAUCAAUAAAGGAAUAUUCUAUUCUUCUAUUCUAUUCUAUUCUAUUUACAGUCAUGUACUUGUAGACGGAGACCAUAUGAAAACUCUGUUUGAGUCUCCCUGCUGUCAGCCUCUGCUUUUACUUUCCUCAGCUCUUUAAGUCUGUCUGCUAAAGUGGUUCUUGGCUGGAGAACAGAGUUGGUUCAUGUGAAACAGCUGCCUACCUCCUGAUUUUAGAGUCACUGUUUUUGAUCGGUGUAUGAAAACUCUUCUCUUCAGUACACACUUUUAUUUUCCCUGCCUUGUCCUUUUCCCUCUUUUAACACUUCCUCUCAGGUGCGGUUCUGAUGCUGAAAGGCUCAGUAUUACGCUUUGGCUUCUUAGACUGCAUGGGCGCCCUCAUUCAGAGUCCCUAUGAGGUUUGGCGGGACACCAACGCUGCCGAGGACCCAGACCGACCCAGGAAGCGCAAGCUCAUCCACUUUUCCCCAUCAUCCUCCCAGGAGACCUAUGGAGACGGUCACCUGGCCGUGGUUUGCUCUGAGAGGCAGGCCAAAGUAUUCCUAAUGCCCUCGCAGUCUUGCCUUUACGUCCACAACAUCACAGAGUCGUCCUUUGUACUGCGAGCUGAUGUGGUAUCUGUGUGUAAUAGUGUUUGCCUGGCCUGUUUCUGUGCUAACGGACACAUCAUGACACUCAGGUAAACCCCUCAAACACACCUGUGCCAAACUCUUCAGUCUGAUGAGGUUUUUUUCAGUUGAAGUUUGUUUUUCUUCCUUAACCCUGACGGUUUUAGCUGCACAUGGUAACAAUAAAAUGUCCAACUUGCACUUAAAAGGACUUAAUGUGCAAAUUGCCUGACACUUCCCGGCCACCGUACAAAAACAUCUCUAUGACUGGUUUAUUUAAGCUUUGUUCACUUAAUCUCACCGUCAGGUUUACAGAUCAAAUGUACUGAAGUGUUUUAUUUCGGGACAGACGGGAGUGUGAAGAUUUCAGACAGUUUUGUCUUUUUUAGAUUUUUCACACAGAAACUUUAACCUGAAGAAUGACACACAUUUGAAGUUCAACUUUCUGGGUUUCAGUUUGAUUAUUUCAGGUCUCUAACUUGUCUUUACUCCGCCCACAGUUUGCCCAGUCUAAGACCACUUCUGGAUGUCAGUUAUCUGCCGCUGACCGACAUGCGCAUUGCACGAACCUUUUGCUUUACAAAUGGGGGGCAGGCACUUUACCUGGGCUCCCCAACAGAGAUCCAGAGAAUAACAUUCAGCCAGGAGAUGUGUGACAACCUCCAGGUGUGUGUGCAUGCUGUCUGUCGCUUUGUCUGUCUGCAGGUUGUGUGUUAAUAAUAUUCAUCCAUGUAUGGUGUUCAUCUUCAGACCGUUCUUGUCAGUUUACGUUUCGGUUCAGACCAUUGAACUGUUCUCCGUGGUUUGAUCACUAAGGUGUCUACAGUUACUGAUUUACAGUGUGUAUGUAAGUGUGUUUGCAAUACUCACAUUAUGUUCUGAUGCUCCUGUCAUUAAGGGAAAAAACCCAAACCCAGCAGAAAAAAGUCCAGAUCCCAACCCUUAACAGUGGUCAAUGAAUAUAUGCAGGACAUCUAGCUUAAGAAUAUCAGUCUUAAGCUUUUUUAUCUUUUGUUUUCUUUGAUUUCAGGAGAUGCUUGGAGAGCUAUUUACACCGAUCGAGACUCCAGAAGUCCAGAACAGAGGCUUUCUCAAGGGCUUUUUUGGAGGAAAUGCACAUACCUUUGAUAGAGAGGAGCUCUGUAUGUCCUUUUAGUCUUUCUCUUAUGGUGACAUGUUUCUUCUAGUCCAUUAGCAAGACCAGAUGUUGGUAGCACUCAAGGUGGCAAAGGUCGGUAAUCAUGAAAAUAAAUUAUAAACAUUGGAAAAUGAAUAUUGAAAAUAAAUAAUAUUAAACACAAUACUGUAAAACAGAAGAAGUAUCCUGAACAUGAGUCUGAAUCAGGACACCAGCGUCUUUAUCAGGGGUUGUUAUUUUCAUCAGCUGUAAUUAUGACGCAGCUGCCACUCAGAGAAAGUCUAUCAUGUCACUCCAGACCUUUUCCAAAAUCAAUACCAACCUUUGUCACUGAACCAACCUUUGUACUAAUCAGUCCAGCUUUGAAAGUGCUGGUCUAUGGAUGGAAAUGAACAGUAACAGACAAAAAUGCAUCAGCAUUGUUAUGGUCCAAGUUUCGAUCGUUUCAGUGUUUCACAACGUUUUCCUCAUCAUUUCUCUCCUCACACCGUCGACAGUUGGAGAGGCAGCAGCUGGAAAAGCCUCUCGGAGUCUGGCCCAACAUAUACCAGGACAGGCGGGGAUGGAGGGCAUGAAAGUGGCAGCUGGUGGAGUGGUGGGAGAGCUGGCUCGGGCCCGCAUCGCUCUCGAUGAAAGAGGCCAAAGGCUCGGGGAACUGGAGGAUCGAACAGCCCUGAUGAUGACCAGUGCAGAGUCCUUCUCCAAACAUGCUCAUGAGGUAAAGACAGCAUCAGAUUUCAUUGUCCAAAUGUUUGGUCACAACCCAGAUGAAGAGAAUUAAAUAAUGGACUAAUGAUGUCUGAAAACAAUAACUGCUUGAUUCCCAUCAUGUAAACAUGUCAAAUGCUUUCAUGCCGUUUCUGUUAUAUCGUAUCACAUAACAAGACUUCACGGUGAUCAAAAUGACGGGUAAUUCUUACUGGCGUAUGACCCCUUCUCUCACAGCUGAUGCUAAAAUGCAAGGACAAGAAGUGGUACCAGUUCUAGAGGCAGGACAGUUGACUGAGGCAGACCUUUGGACUGCUGCUGGGAGGUAAACUACACAACUUUCACUCUUGGAUCAGAGCACCUCAAAAAGAGACUCAAGAGUGACCGAGUCCUGGACUGUGUGUGGAACGAUCCCUUUGCUGUAGUGGUUGUGCAAGUUUAUUGUCAUGUUAUAUGUUCCAUGACACGGUGUGAUAAGAGAGGGAGAAAAAUGAUGGUCAUUACAGGACUGAUGAUGGUUUUAGAAACAGCUGAAAGGUGUUUUGUGUGUGUGCGUGCGUGCGUGUGUGUGCGUGAGUGCGUGUGUGUUUUCUGGACCUCACUGUGUAGAUAGUCUCAAGCAAAGAAAAACAAGAAAUGCAUGAAAAAAGUGGAUGACUAUUAAAAAUAGCCAACUGCCGUAUUAAAAAUCAGCAUGCUACUUCAACACUGAUACAAAUUUAAACCUUUGAUUUCGUCUUUACGCUUACAACAGAGACUAUGAAAAAAGUAUAUAUUUUUUGAAAUUUUGACAAAAACUAUAUAUGAAAAAGGAAAUGUAUAGCUUUGUUGCUAUUAAACCAAAACAUGUUCCUUUGUUUGUUUGUUUUUUAAUUUAUGUUUUUUUUCUUGGUCUCAGUAAAAUUAUUUGCCACAAUAUACAGAAAACACACGUAUGUAUUACACUUUCUCUGCACUCACUUAGAAUAAAGAUACAACGAUGUUCUGGCUGAUGCCACAAACUGGAUUUUACCAUUUUUCCUGGGCUGCACAGUGCAAACACAGAUGAGUAGUAAAUACACUUUUCUCGAAUCUCUGAUUUCCCUGAUUAAAUAAGAGUCACUUUACAUCUGCAGUUUGAUGACAAUGGAUCAGGUUGUUGAAGGGGAUAUGGAAAUGCAGAAAGAGUUGAAAGUGUGUGUGAACACGUUGUGCUUGUAUUGGAUGUAAAACAAACCCAUGUACUACUUUUGUGCCAUACAAAGAAGACAAACCGAUGCACCUGCAGCUGUGAACCAACAAAGUGUUCACUUUAGCUCAUUUGUCUUCUUUAUGAUCUGAACAGAUGAGCACAUAGGAGUUGGCAGCUGAGGUCAUUUUUCAGGUCCGAGUUUGUCUCCUUCAUGUGUUGAUAUUCUCUCGGUGUUUCAUAAGAGACAGAGUGCAACGAAUGUUUAACCAGAAAAACACUCAAUCAGAAUCAAGCAAUCAAAACUGAGCGACACCCUCCCAGCUCUCCACCUCGAUCAUCGGACCUGACCGGGCCUCUAUUCAUGAUCACACAUAAUGUGGGUUCACACUGUCUGCAUGUCCAGUAAAAGUGGAGAAGAUGGGAGCAGCCCGGCCCAGGUUGAGGAGAAAAAACACAUUUUCAGUGAGAGUUAGUGAAGAAACCGUGUCGGUGUGUGAAACAUUUGCAGAAAUUUGGGCUUCAGGCGAAUGUUCUCCUUUUUGGUUCAGUAUUGUUCUUGAUGACUUUGACUUCCUCUCGUCACCCUAUUUUGAUGGUAACUGCCUCGUACCCGGUGGCUGUUGUUUGUUGAAAACAGCAAGUGUUUCAUGGCUGUGUAUCAUAUUGUGAUUGUGUUGUAAAUGUCAGUGGGUUGCCAUGUGACCCCGGCAGAUAGUUGGUGCUGAGGAUGAUCUUUUGUACUUGUGCAUUUGUCUGUAUUUUGAAUUGAUCUGAGAAGUAAAACUGAAGAUUAAUCUCAUCCAUCCGGGUCUUCAUGCACAUGAGCAAUGACACAUACAAACAUUGUACCUUAAUUUAUAUCACUACCAAACAGCUUAUGCACAGCAACAUAUAUACACACACAGUUAAAGAUCCGCCUUUAUUCAUGAGAUCUCAUCCCAUUACCUUUCACCAAACCCAUGUCACCCACAAUCCUCUACUAGAACCACUUUAAGACUUUCAGUUGAUUUGAUUCAAUGUUGUGUCUUGUGCAUGGCAAAAGAUCAGAGAUAUCGCUCCCUUUUCUGUACCGUUAAUAACAUUUGUGUUAAGUGCAGUGAUUUCAGUGGCAGGGAAAACACAAACUAAAAAAAAUAAAAUGUACCAAAAUAAUAAAAAAAAAACAGACUUCUACUAACAGGGUGUUUUGUUAGUAAGUUUUUGAGUUUGUAUGUUUUUAGUUUUCUAUUUAACGUGUGGUUUGAUCAUGGGAAAAGGGUGAAAGGCAAAGACAACAACAACAACAACAAAAGAUACAGAAAUACUCGGGAUGUUUUCUUUUCAGUAUAUGUUGUACCUGUUACUCCUGGUACUAAAUCUGUUGUUCUGGCUCUGUCUAAAUCACCGGGACUCUGUAUUUCUUCACACUGUAGUAUCCAGAAAAAAAACAACUACAACAACACUUCUCUGGUUUUCUUUCUAUUGGCAGCAAAGUUUGUCUUCUAUCAAUGGAUUUUUUUCACUCUUUGUUCUAAUCGAUAUUAUACUAAUGUAAUGUAAUUUACCUAACAAAAAAAGAGCUGAAAAUAUGUUGAUGCAAAGCUGAAAUAAACACUGAUUGAUGUACAACAGCCAAGAA